AUGCGCGGCGCGGAGGAGCCGCAGAUCGCGGAAGACAUGUCAGGUAGGUGGAGAAAGCGUGGGGAGGAAUGGGGGGGGGGAACAAAACCUGACGCGAGUGGGGGCUCAGAUGGGAGGGUGCACCUCUUUCCCCCAAAACAGCCCAAAGAGGAGCCCCGCUGGGUCAGGCACCUUUCUCCAAGGUGGCCUGCAAGAUUGCCCCCACGCUGGGAGGGGGAGAGCUCUCCCAAACAGGGCCCUGAGGUGGUGGCCCCUUUCCCUCUCUGAUCAUCUACUUGAGGUAGACUGCCCCUACCCAUGGAGGCUCCCUUUAGCUUAUCCAAAGGCUUGUUGGACGCCUCUCUCCAUCCGAUCCUGGAGUCUGGAUGCAGCAGGGCAAAGCCACUAGAAUAAUAUAAUUGCUCCCCCAGGGUCAUCUAGUCCAACCCCUUAAAAUGCAGAAAUCACAGCUGGAGAAUCCCUGACUCUGAAUCCAAGCUCUGUUUCCAAAACCUGCAAUGAAGGAGAGUCCCCCACCUUCUGAGGGAGGCCCUUCCACAGCUCAGAAAGUUGUUCCUAAGGUUUAGUAGUCGGUUUGGGUUCCACCCUCUGGAGCAGCAGAAAGAUGGCUAUCAUAUUAGCUCUCGGUCUUCUCCACAUCUCUUUGAGCCUCUGGAGUUUAGAAGUGUGCUACCUCACCCCCCUCUUUCUCUCUAGCUAAUAGCUGUCCUCAGUAAGCCUAUUGAGAGGGAGGGCGGUGAUUUGCACACACCCUGCUGAAAUCGAUGGGGCUUCCUGCCAAGCCUGAGCACAGGUUUGACAAGUAGCAGCUGUUCUUUGGAGGCCUUUGCAAGCCUGAUGGGACAUCCUAGGAAAGUGUGCCCCUCUGGGCCAGGUGACCAGUGGCCCUUCUGAUCCAGUAUUCCGUCUCCAGAGAGACCUCAGGGAAUUCCUAAAGUGGGACGCACAAGAGGGGGACUCAUCCUCUGUUCCUUUUCAUUUAAGAACACAAGGAGAAUGCUGCUGGAUCAACCCAAUGGCCCAUUGAGUCCAGCAUCCUGUUCUUACAGUGGCCAACCAGAUGCCUGUGGGAAGCCAGCAAGCACAUGAUCAGUCUCUCCCCAUCUGUAGCAUUCAGAAGCACCUUCCUCCUACCACGAAGGCACAGCUUAGCCAUUGUGGCUAGUAGCAGUCAAUAGCCUUCUCUUCCAGAUAUUUUUCCCCCUAAUCCUCUUUUAAGACCAUUCAAGUUGGUGGCCACCCCUGCCUCAUGUGAGAGUGAGUUCCACAGUUCAACAAUGCAUUGCAUGAAGGACUUUAUUUUAUCGGUCCUGAACCUUCCAACAUUCAGCUUUAUUGGACGACUUCUAGUGUUUUGAGAGAGGAAGGAAAACUUAUCUCUGGCCACUUUCUCUCCGACAUGCAUAGUUUUAUAAACUUCUAUAAAUUUUAUAAAUUAUAAAUUUUAUAAACUUUUAUAAAUUUCUCGUGUCCUGGGGUUUCCUUCUGAGGAAUGGGGAGGGCCCCACUUGGCUCUAAGCUGAUGCUGGAUAUAUCCUCAGUCCAUUUGUCUCUAGGCCUCUUCGGAAACUGCCAAAGAUGCUCACUGCUGUUGCUGCUUACUGACGUUAUAGUGAACUCUGAAACUUAAUUAGCAAAGUCCACUAGGUGGGUUCUCAGCUGUUCACUCCUGUCUUAGUGACCUGGAAGCUUGCCUUGCUAGUUUUAAGAGGUUACCAUAUUGGUCUCCAAAGGAUGCUAAUAAAUAAUAUGGUUAUCCAUUUGCUGGGUCUUUGGGUGCUUUGCCUAAUACAGUGGUACCUCGCAAGACGAAUGCCUCGCAAGACAAAAAAAUCGCUAGAUGAAAGGGUUUUUUGUUUUUUGAGCUGCUUCGCAAGACGAUUUUCCCUAUGGGCUUGCUUUGCAAGAUGGAAACGUCUUGCAAGUUUGUUUCCUUUUUCUUAACACCGUUAAUACAGUUGCGACUUGACUUCGAGGAGCAACUCAUAGAACGCGGUGUGGUAGCCUUUGAGGUUUUUAAAGACUUUGGUGAUUUUUGAAGCUUUUCCAAAACUUUCCCGACACCGUGCUUCGCAAGACGAAAAAAAUCGCAAGACGACAAAACUCGCGGAAUGAAUUAAUUUCGUCUUGCGAGGCACCACUGUAAUGUUUCCUUUUCUGCUUCAAGCUACUUGAAGAAAAAAGUUCCUUAAUGAACUAACACUUCAACAGUUGGCAAAAUUUGUCCUGUUUUAUGGGGAGGGGUUUUUGAGUUAUGGGGGAACCUCUGAAGUCCUGCACCCCCUGCACUAGAAAUACAGUGGUACCUCGGGUUAAGUACUUAAUUCGUUCCAGAGGUCCGUACUUAACCUGAAACUGUUCUUAACCUGAAGCACCACUUUAGCUAAUGGGGUCUCCCACUGUCGGCGCGCAGGCAGAACACGAUUUCUGUUCUCAUCCUGAAGCAAAGUUCUUAACCCGAAGCAAUAUUUCUGGGUUAACGGAGUCUAUAACCUGAAGCGUAUGUAACCUGAAGCGUAUGUAACCCGCGGUACCACUGUACUUCUGCAACGUUGCUGCAGGAACACACAUACUUUCAAGCCUCUCAUUUUCAAGUGCUUCUGCCAGUAAUAUUGACAACAACCCUGUAAAGUAGGUCAGUAUUGUUGUCUCCGUAAUGCAGAUGGUGGCUCUGAGGCUGAGAGAUGGUAUCCUUAAGGACAGAGGCAGGGUUAGUCAUGCAAUAUGUUUGGGAGGGCGUUGCACUCCCCCUUAAGAAUAUGGGUUAUAAUUGCUGGAUCUAAACGCUGAUCCUGGAUAUCCAAUAAUAGCCACUGUGACUAUUACCUUGGCAAGAUCCAGCUUAGAUUACUAUAAGGCACUCACUCUUCAUAGGGCUGCCCUUGAAGAAUGUUUUGGGAAGGGACAAAUGGCCACCUUCAAAUAUAAUAGCCAUUUCAAAUAUCUGCCACAUGGAAGAUGGAGCAAACUUGUUUUCUGCUGUUCCAGAGGGUACAACUUGAACCAAUGGACAAGCAAGGAGAUUCCAAUUCAAACAUGAGGAAGAACUUUCUGACAGUUGCUGGAAACCGCAGGAGCAGAGAGUGAUAUUGUGCUCAGAUCCUGCUUGUGGCUUGCCCAUUGGGUCAUUUGACUGGUCACUGUGAGAAAAGGAUGCUGGAAUACUUUAUCACAAGCCCACCUGAACCUGUGACUGAAGGCCACCUGCUGCACCAGAACUGUAACAGCACUUUGCACCUAUUUAUAACCUGCUUUCAUUCAAUCAAAGUCGGCAUACAUGGGGUGGUCUCCUAUGCAGGCGAUGACAAAACUCAGAUCACUUUAACUCCAGCAAGGGCUGCACUAGGCACAUUGUGGACCUUGUUCAAGGCAUGUCUUAGCAUUGGCCUCAUGAUUCCUGCAACAGCCCUGUGAGGUUGGCAAUGUGUUUGCAGGUUUUGAACAUUCCCCCCCCCCCAUACUUGCUGGCUGUGUGGGUGUGAGAGAGAGUGUGUUGGACCCACACACUCUAACUACAGUGAGUCAGAAUGAUCCAGCCUCAGAGGAGCACCCCUACAGCAUCUCUGAAUGAGUCCUCUUUCUGGACCUGGCCUCCUCUGCUGCAUUUGCAGUGGGUGGGCCAAUCAUUCCUGAUGCAGACAAGCAGCAGAAUGACCCCCUUGCACUGAAGGCUGAUGCUAAGAAGUCAAGUCUCUAGUCAUGAAUCAUGCAGAGACACAACGGUCAGAAUCAAUAUUGUGCUGGAGGCCAGCACAGCCAAAGACCUGGGGACCUGGGGAAAAAGAAAUGGUUUUGCCUAGCACCUCAAAGUAUGUUAUGAUGACGCCAGGCGAGCCUCCAUAGGAAGAGCAUUCCACAAGCCGGAGCCACCACUGAAAAGGCCUGUUCUCCUAUUGUCACCCUCUGGACCUCUCACGGCGGAGGCACAUGGAGAAGGGCCUCAGGUGAUGAUUGCAGGGUCCAGGUCGGUUUGUAUGGGGAGAGGCAGCCGUUAUAAAUAAUUAAUAUAAAUAAAUUUUUAUUUAUACCCCGCCCUUCCCGUUUUAAAAACCAGGAUCAGGGCAGCUAACAGCAAAUAUAAAACAUUGAUUAAAAUGUGACUUAAAGGUAAAGGUAAAGGUACCCCUGCCCGUACGGGCCAGUUGUAUCCGACUCUAGGGUUGCGCGCCCAUCUCACUUAAGAGGCCGGGGGCCAGCGCUGUUCGGAGACAUUUCUGGGUCACGUGGCCAGCGUGACGAAGCUGCUCUGGCGAGCCAGCACCAGCGCAGCACACGAAAACGCCGUUUACCUUCCCGCUAUAAAGCGAUACCUAUUUAUCUACUUGCACUUAGGGGUGCUUUCGAACUGCUAGGUGGCUUAAAAACAGCAUAAAACAGCAUAAAAUACAACAUAAAGUGCAGCAUGAAUAUCAAUAAAAUUUCAAAAAUUCAGGGUCAUUUUGGGGAAGAAAAAAAACCCCCAGUCAAUAGACAUCAAAUGAUCACCAGGGCUAACUGGCCAAGUUGGUCCUACUAGGGCCAGCAAGGCGACCAGGGAAGAAUUUAAAUGUGGGGUCCCAGAAAGGGUUUCUUCAUAAAAGAAGAAAGGGAAAAGGGAAUAGAGGAUUAGGCUAAUUCAAAUUGAAGGCUGGGUGGAAUAGCAGAUAGCCGUUGAGGUUCUAAUGGCCUGAUUAAGUGUACAGCUAAAACAGCUGUUUCCUGGAUCCCAGUUUCUUGACUGAUCCCUUUCCUUCCUGGUCUAGAAGAAGAGGAUGGAGUCCUGGAAGAUCUGGAGGAGUUUUAUCCUGAGGAGCAGGUGAAUACCCAGAAGAAGAAGAAGAAGGCCAAGAAGCUGAAGGAAAACAAGGCAGCUAAAGUCAAGAGGAAGAAGAAGGAGGUAGGUUUUCUUGGGCUUGCUGGGAUGAGGAAAGCAGGAGUAAGAGGUCCACACUUGCAUGAUUGUCCAGUUUAUCUUGAGAUAAACUUGAGGAAUGCUGAAUUGGCUUAUGUCAGCGAUGAGGACCCUUCAGGCCCAAAAGCCAUACAUACCUCCAGCCCUCUGGGUCUCCUCCUAGAAUCCUAGAAUCAUAGAGUUGGAAGAGACCACAAGGGCCAUUGAGUCCAACCCCCUGCCAAGCUGUGUAUCUCCUCUCAGCUGUUUAGCUGAGAGAAGGAAAGGGCUUGAUGUUACGCAAAGAGCACAAUAACAGCUCCUUUCCCUUGCAAGGAGAUCUGCUAUAAGAAGAUCAAAGCAAUGGGGAAGGUGUCUCAGCAGAGAGGUAGACUUGUGCUCUUUGCAAAUAUGCAAAAAACAAAAAACCCACCCCAAAGAACCCAUGCAUUUUGCAAUUGCACACAUGCAGUUUUAAGGAUGCAUUCACAUUUUGAAAUGCGAGGCUUCGGGUCGUUGUAAAGUAGUGCUUGCAGUUCAGCUGCUUGUGGACAUUACAAUUUAGGGAGGAGAACAGUAUUUGUAGAGAGCAAGAGGGAAUUAAAGGAGUCACGAGGGAUUCACAGUUCACAGUAAGCUGAGGCAUGGUUGGGCCCCCAAUCUCAAGAUUGCAUGGCAGGCGCCUCACCACCAUAAUGGGUUGUAGUCAACAUUAGACCUAAUCAGAGUAGACCCACUGAAAUUGAUGCACAUGGCAAAUUUAGCUCAUUGGGCUCUCCUUUAUUGGAGGUUUAUAAGCAGGGGCCGGACGGCCAUCUGUCAAGGAUUCCUGCAUUGCAGAGGGCUGGAUGGUGACCCUUGGGGUCCCUUCCAACUCUACGCUUCUAUGGUUCGAUAAAUCCUGUAAAUUCUAGCAACUGAUAUUCAGAAGCAUUUAUGCAGGGUGUAGCCAUCAUAACUGGUAGCCAUUGAUAACUUUCUCUGCCAUGAUUUUGUCUCAUCCUCUUCUGAAGCCAUCCAAGUUGGUAGCCAUCACUUUUUCCUGUGAGAGUGAGUUCCAUAGUUUAAUUUGGUGUUGCAUGAAGAAGAACUUUAUUUUACUUGUCCUGAAUCUUCCAGCGUCCAGCUUCCUUGUAUGUCCACGAGCUCCAGAGUUAUGUGAGAGGGAGAUAAACUUUGUCCAUUUUCUCCAUGCCACGCAUUGUUUUUUUAAGCUUCUGUGAUGUUGCCUCUUACUCACCUUGUCUCUGAACUAUAAAGUCCCAAACACUGCAACCUUUCUUGGGGGGGGGGGUUAAUCCCUAUCCGAUGGAUCAUUUUGGUUGCCCUUUCCUGGCCCCACUGGACAGAAUAUCCUCCCUCUGGCGGCAGUCUGGAUUUGCAAAGUAUUAGCAGAUGUUGCUGAUGUAUGUAUGUCCUGGACCUCUUGGCACGAGAAUUAGCUUUUAGUUUGAGGAAAGGGCCAAGGUGUUCACACUGUAUGCAUGCAUUAAUUCAGAACUCCAUGAAGGCAGGAUCCCGAUGUGGCUGUUUCUGCCCCAUCCUCUCCACCUUACCAGAAGUGUUUUCUCCAGCAUCUUGGGCCUUCCCCUCCGUGUGAUACUCCAGCUGCAUUGCAGCACCUCAUUUACAGUUUGUCCCUGGUGGCUGGCUGUAAAUCUUGGCAGCUCGCUGCUGUACCAACCGUGCUCUGUCUGUGGAUGGUGCAUCUGAGGGAGGGGAGAGGACCUUGGGGGACGCUUUUUGGAGAGAGCGGGAUGACGGGACGGAGGGCUGCCUGCGUUCCACGGUUCCACAGGCAGGACCCAGUUUCCUGGCCAUCUCUGUUUUCCAACAGAGCAAGUUUCCAGCCUUGCGAAGAAGUGAUUGGAAGCAUGUGGACAACGCUGAGAGAAGAAAUCCUGGAAGCUCGAAGGGAAUAAGGCUGUCAAGAGUCAGAGGGCCUUUGAUGCCUUCUUACCUUGAAACAGGGGAAAGACCGUAGCUCAGUAGUAGAGCAACUGCCUUGCAUGCAGAAGGUCACAAGUUCAAUCCUUGGUUUCUCCAGUUAGCAAUGAGAAAAGACACUUCCCUGAAAAUUUUAAUUUUAUUAUUUGUGCCCCACCCAUCUAUCUGGGUUUCCUCAGCCACUCCAGGCAGCUUACAACAUAUACAAAAACAUAAUAAAACAUGAAACCCUGGAGAGGUGCUGCCGGUCAGUGUAGGCACUACUGAGCUGGAUGGCCCAAUGGCCUGAUUCCAUAUAAGGCAACUUCCUAUGUUUCUCUACAUACAUUCUUCACAGGGAAAUGAAAAUUAUGCCCAGCAAUGCAAAUGCCCUUAAUUUGCAUCAAGGACACAUAAUUAUGUUUGGAAUUUGUGCAGAAUAAUGAUAAUAAUGAUAAUAGUGUUAUUAUUUUAAAUGUACAAAGUGUACAGAGUCCUGGCUGCAGAAUGACAUUAUACAGCUUAGGAAAGACUAAGCAAGGCCAGAGGUCACUGCUCCUGAUGCACAUAGAGAGAAGCCCACAUUCAUCCUGGGAGUUUUAUGCUCUUGCAAGACACAAGGACGAAAUUAAAAGGAUACACCCUCCCACGACAGUAAUGAAUGUAUAGAUUUCCUGCUCAUGAUUCUGAAGCUGCUUGGGCAUGUGGGCAACGCCUCCUUUGUUUGGGUGAGCAUUUACGGUGUUGCUCUAAUUAGCAGAAGUGUUGGCUUCUGCAUCUGCCUGUCUCUCUUCUCCGGAUUCUGGUAGCAAUUUGCAUCGGUUGAUGGCACAGACAUGCGUGGGAGCGGCUCACCCACCUGUUAUGAAGAAGAGAUGGGUGGGGAAACAGUGGCCGUCUUCCUGGUGGUGAUGCAGAACAUCGUUCUCAAAGCCGAUGUGUGUUUGGCUGGGGGGGGGGAGAGGGAGGGGAGGUUCACACAUCAACCUUUGUUGAUCCUGAUUCUCAGCAGCAGCUCAGAGUUUAGGGCACCCCUCCAGGACUUGGUGCCCUACAGAUGUUUCUGGACUGCAGUUGCUAACACCCCUGAUCAUUGGCCAUGUUGGCUGGGGCUGAUCGGAGUCAGGAGUCCAGCAACUUCUGCUGGGCAAGAUGUUCAGGGAGGUGGGCUAACACUGACCUUAUACUGGCUCUCCUGGGCUUCAGAUGGGGGUCUUUCUCAACUCUCCCAGGGGGAUUUUCUGCAUGCAAGGUGGGUGCUCCUUCCAUGAGCCACCGAGUGGAACAUUUCCUAGUUGAAAGACAUGGGGAAAACUGACCAGCACACAGAACACCUUGCUAGUUUAUCUGGUCCUCCUUUGGGCUAUCGCCGUGGCACAAUCCAGUGACUCAUCUUGGCAUGUGAUCUUCCCAGACGCUGAACACUGUCGGAGAACAGGACACUAGGCUGGGCGGAUCCUUAUUUUGAUCCAACAAGUUGCAAGGGGGAAGGGAUGUUGGUCCUCUCAACGGUACUUCAGGCCGGAUCCAAGUAUCCAUUUCUCUUUCUUUGAAUUUAGCUCCUCUGUUUGUGGAGGAGAAUGGAGAAGGUGCAUGCAGUCAUCUAUCCAAUUCUUCACUAAGAAGGGGGUGGGCAACAUGACUAGGGGUCAGAGAUUAUGGGGAUUUUGGUCCAAGAACAUCUUGAGGUCCUCAGGCUGGGGGACAGAAGCUUGAGCCAGACAGACCAAUGGCUUGAUUUUGUAUAAAGCUGGUUCAUCAAAUCAUAGAAUUGUAGAGUUGGAAGGGAUCCCAGGGAUCAUCUAGUCCAACCCCCUACAAUGCUUCUUCAUGCAAGUGGCUUCACCCAUUUUUAGCAGGAGCUGAUCUUACCCAGGACUUGUGCAUACAGAUAGCAGCUGCCUUAUACUGAUCUGUCAGGCUCUGAACUGUCCAUUCUGAAGCCUAGCUUGCCACUUUAAACAGGAUAUGAAUUAACAGUUAAUUAAAAAUAAUAAUUACGGUUGGCAGUAGGUCUUGGGCAAGGGCCCUGAGAUCCUUUGAAGCAGGGGUGCUGGCAAGUGGCCCUUAGAAACUCCUGCAAAUGAGGUCUUCUGUCUUCUGAUGGGGAGAUUUUGGGUUUCCAAUCUUUUAGUGUGAUGGGCUGUGCCCUGUGGAACUCCUUACCAGUUGAGUUUUGGUGGGAGCUGUUCUUGCUCAAUAUUAGAUGAUGUUUUAGAUGACAGACCUUUCGUACCUGGUUUUUCUUUUUUCCCUUUUUUUCUGCCAACCAGCUCUUACUGAUGUGUUUGUGAUGUUUGUAUUGUGCUUUUCAUCUGUAUACCGCCUUGCGAUAUUUUCUUCGACAAGGUGGCUCAUAAAUAUUUAAAUAAAAUUAAAAAUUAAAAAUUUAUAGUGUAGAUUAUGGUAUGUACUGCACCCUGCAGCUGCAAACCCUUCUUGAUACAUGUAUCACUGCAGAUGUGACCUGUGGUGUGUGUGUGUGUGUGUGUGUGUGUGUGUGAGAGAGAGAGAGAGAGAGAGAGAGAGAGAGAAAAUAGCUCAUUUCUCCUCUGCCUCCCCUGCAUCUGCAUAUCUGUAUCUCUGGAAGACCCCCCCCCCCAAAUCCUCAUUCUAGAUCUAGAUUGCAAGAGUUAAUUUGUCUCAAUGCCUGCCAUUUUGGCAGCCAAACGCAUUUGCUGAUUGUUCUUCACUGGGGCUCUCAACAGCAUAACCUGAACAGGAGGGAGAUGUAUUGACAUAAAACAACCAGGCUGCUGUUUGAGUCGGAACAUAUUUAGAUGGAAGUCCUUGUCAGGGAGGGAGGGAGAGAGAGAGAGAGAGAUGGGAUUUCAGUCAGUUCUGCAGAAAUUACCAUGGCAACCAAUUAUUCAGGCCUAAAUUAUAACUGUUCAUAUCGCCAGCGAAAAGCAACAGUAGAUUUCUCUCUCUCUCCCCCCGCUUUCUCCCCGUUAUUAAAUGGAAAACUUGAAGGACACAGAAUUACUAGCCAGCGCUGUCUUUGUGUGUUUCUAUACCCAUGAUUUAGAUCCAGCUUUCCCAACCUGGUGCCCUCUUGAUACUUUGGACUAUAACUCCCAUGGGCCCAGGCUAGUCCAAAACAACAGGAGGGGCCUAGGUUGAGAUUUGGGGGCUUAUAUCAAGUGUGAAGGGACGCGGGUGGCACUGUGGGUUAAACCACAGAGCCUAGGACUUGCCGAUCGGAAGGUCGGUGGUUCGAAUCCCCGUGACGGGGUGAGCUCCCGUUGCUCGGUCCCUGCUCCUGCCAACCCAGCAGUUCGAAAGCACGUCAAAGUGCAAGUAGAUAAAUAGGUACCGCUCUGGCGAGAAGGUAAACGGCGUUUCUGUGCGCUGCUCUGGUUCGCCAGAAGUGGCUUAGUCAUGCUGGCCACAUGACCCAGAAGCUGUAUGCCGGCUUCCUCGGCCAAUAAAGCGAGAUGAGCGCCACAACCCCAGAGUCGGCCACGACUGGACCUAAUGGUCAGGGGUCCCUUUACCUUUACCUUUUAUCACGUGUGAACAUCCAUCCGGUCAUGAUGCGAGCUGGUCCAGGGAUGCUCAAAUAUUUGCAGGCUGGAGUGGCUCUAUUCACAAUCUGAGAGAAAGUAAAGGGAUGUUCUCAGGUCAUUGGUGAGUUUGCUCUGUGCAUCUGGUGACAGCCUCGCCCCCGCCCCCCUGCACAGGCCAUUGAGAAUCCAGCCCUUCUGAUCUGCAUAUCCCCACUCCUUUCAUCUGCAUAGCCCCACCCCAGGUUCUCUCAUUCAUGCUAAGCCAGGGGUUGGCAAAGUUUACCUCACCUGGGCCGGUUCACUCCAGUGGAGAUCCUUCCAUGGGCCAGAUCAUGUGCAUGCGUGAGCGCCCCCCCCCCCGAUUUCCAGCAUCUGUUUCUGUGUAGAUGCGGUUUCCAGUUUAGCGCAGCACGUGGGGACUCACCAAGCAUGUGGCUCGGUUCAGGGGUGGCUCGUGGGCCGGUUAAACGACCCCUGUGGGCCGCUUGUGGCCCAUGGGCCUUAGGUUGCCACCCCCUGUGCUAAGCUGUGAUGGAAAGGUGGCAUUCUGGGGGCAAAGCCAUCAUUUGUUGUUUCAACCAAGACCUUCAUGCAUGGAACACUGGAUAGAGUGAAAUCAUGACUAUAGAACCAUAGAACUGCUGAGUUGCAAGGGACCCUAAGGGUCAUCUAGUCCAAGGCCCUUCAAUGCACAAAUCACAGCUAAAGCAUCCCUAACAGGUGGCCACCCAACCCCUGUUCAAAAACCUCCCAUGAAGGAGAGUCCACCACCUUCCGAGGGAGUUGGUUCCACUGUAGAACAGUUCUUAUCAUCAGAAACUUCCUCCUAAUGUUUGGUCAAAAUAUCAUUUAUUGUCAUUUGAUUCCAUUGGUUCGGGUCCUACCCUCCAGAGCGGGAGAAAACAAGCUUGCUCCAUCUUCCACGUGGCGGCCCUUAAGAUAUUUGAAGAUGGCUAUGAUGGCACCUCUCCGUCUUCUCUUCUCCAGGCUAAACAUACCCAACUCCCUUGACCGUCUCACGUAGGCUUCCAGACCAUUUAUAAUCAGCCAGAUGUUUGCACAUCAGUUUUGGUGCUUGUUCAGCAGCUGUAAAUACAAGCAGCACCAAAAGCUUCAGGAUUUGUGGGGCAGGGGGGCAGCGGCAGUGACUUCCUAUGCAGAGCAUACCAGUUGUGCCGGGGAUGCAGUUGGGUCUGCCCCAUUCUGGGCUUCUGUCCCUGUCCAAGGUGCUGAAAUCUUCUUGGCUUUAUCACUGCCAGCUCUUGGCGCAGCAUGUACUUGCUGCCUUUGCCAGAUAGAAAGGGAGGCUGCAAAAAUGUUGCGCUAAAGCAGUCCUGCUCUCUUUUGGAUCCAUGGCAUAAGUCUGUGCAUCCGGAUAAGACUGUUUUCACAUUACAUUUAAGGUAUACGCUCAAGACAAUUUCAAGCGCUUGCAUGACACAAAUGUAUCCCUGACCAUUGAUCAUGCUGGCUGGAGGUGAUGGGAGUUGGGAGUCUAACAACGCCCAGAGGCCCCAAGAUUCCCCAUCUCUGAUUUUUUGGAUCAUAUUUAGAAUGCUUGACCCACUGACUGCAGCUUGGUCAGGUUUUUCUUUUGUAAUCUAGUGGUUCUUUUCUUUUUACACAGACAAGCAAACUUUAACUGCACACGUUUGACAGAUUAUUAUUGUGAAUAGAAUAUGUUUUAACUGUUUUUCAUUCUGAAUUUUAAAAUGGCUGUCACCUGUCCAUGGAUCUGCUGUUGAAGGGCAGCUAAUGACAAUAAUAACGACAAGAGAAAGUUGCCUCCCGGUCUUAACAACCAGAGCUGUGCCUUUGAAGCUGCCCAGGAGGGGGUUGUGUGUGUGUGAAGCAGUCCCAUUGCUGACAGGAGAGCUGACCGUUCUCUGCCUUCUGCCUCUUUUCUUAAGAAUAUAAGAAUGUUAGAACAGCCUUCUGGAUGAGGCCAGUAGCCCAUCUAGUCCAGCAUCCCGUUCUCAGAAUGGCCACCCAGAUGCCCCAGUGGGAAACCUGCAAGCAGGACCUGAGUGCAACAGCACUUUCCCAGAAACCAGAAACCAUUAGCAUUACCACUUCCAACAGUGGAGGCAGAGUAGCCAUGGAUAGCCUUCUCCUCCAUGAAUUUGCCUCAUCCAAUUUUAUGACCCUUCUUCCUUUAACUCAUGCAUGCGUGUUUGUUUUUGUCAAAAUCUAGGGGAACCAAGACGACGAAAUCUCCGAAAACGAAGAGGAAGCAGGAGAGAAAUCAGAGAGCGAAGGCAGCGACUAUUCCCCCAACAAGAAGAAGAAGAAGAAGCUGAAAGAGAAGAAGGAGAAGAAGGCCAAGAGGAAAAAGAAGGAGGAGAACGAGGAGGAGAACGAAGAAGGAGGCUUAAAAGUAACCCUCAACUCUAGAUAUCUUGGGAUGUGGCAACCAGCAGCUUGGUGCUGUGAUGGGGCUGGGUAAGGAGAGGGCAUCACAUUAGUACUACAGACUAAGGCUCUGUGUACACAUGCACUUGCGUGUGUGUGGUACCCAUAUGGGAACAUCCUUGACUCAGCGUAUUUGAAGUUGAGUUAGCCAUGGGCACCCAAACCUAUCUUAGGACUGCAUAUGCGAUGGUUUUCUUCUCAAGUGUGUUGGCAUAACGAGAGCUGAUCCCUGGCAGCUUAGGUCUUAGGCUUGCCAUCUCUUCGGGUGACCAGAAAGAACCACGGGCAACAAUUCUUAUCAUUAUUUUGAUUGCAUUUACCUUUUCCUCCAAGGAGGUCAAGGUGGUGACCAUGGUCUUCCCACACCUCCUUUAAUUACCACAACAACCCUGUGAGGUGGGUUAGACUGAGAGGCAGUGAUGGGCCCCCAAGGUCACCCAGUGAGCUUCAUGGCCAAGUGGGGGAAUUGAACUCUGGUCUCCCAGCUCCUAGUCUGCCACUCAAACCACUACACUAUGCUGGCUCCCUGUGCCCCUGUGGCUUGCAAAUGGCCCUAUGGGUGGGCCUUUGAACUGCUUGGUUUCCACCAAGGACCCUUGGGGAGUGUGCUUCUUUGGGGUCCAGGGAAGGGUCUGUGAUGCCCCAGCAUUGUUGAAGCUAAUCAGGAUCAGGCCUCAUGAGACACGAAGCUCCAAGAAAGUCAAAUGGAGCUUCUUAAUGGAGCACGGUAGGCUUGCAAGGUGUUUUUCGUCCCUCUGAAGAGGCACUAACCAUGUCUCCCUCCCUUCUAAAUCAGCAGCCACCAGAACGCCACGGGUACAAGGAUGACUACAGCCAGGUGAGUGUGCCUGCUGGAACUCUGUGGGAAGGUGGGUGGGUGGGGGAAUGUCUGUGAAUGGCUUAGUAUGUCUGGCUGUUAACCAGAAGGUUGGUGGUGCAAGCCCACCCAGAGAUGGCUGUGGGCAGGAUUCCUGCAUGGUCCCUUCCAACUCUACAAUUCUAUGUCUCCUCUGUGAUGCUGUUUGCUAAGCAUUUCACCCAGCUCUGCCUUGGAAGUUGCAGAAGUUUGUGGGGAAGCUUCACUGUAGCUCUUGGUUCUCCUGUAGGAGCCCAAGACCUCGGCUCAGCUCAUGGAGGAGUGGGGUCUGGAUGAUGUGGACUAUGCCUUUUCCGAAGAAGACUAUCACAUGCUGACAAACUACAAGGCCUUCAGCCAGUUUCUCAGGUAGGUCAUGCCGUUCCUUGCCUGGUUUGAACUAGUCUGGUAUUUGUGUGUCUGUGGACUUGAACUGGUGUCCCGGAUUUCUGUUAAUGGUCCUCUCCGCUUCUUCUCCAGACCUUUGGUUGCCAAAAGGAACCCCAAAAUCCCCAUGUCCAAGAUGAUGACUGUUCUGGGUGCCAAAUGGAGGGAGUUCAGCGCCAACAACCCCUUCAAAGGCAGCUCAGCUGCUGCUGCUGCAGCCGCCAUAGCGGCGGCCGUCGAAACCGUUGCCAUAGCUCCGGCGCCACUGACCCUCAGCCCCCAGCAACUGCUGCCACCACCACCCGCCAUCAGGAAAGCCAAAACCAAGGAGGGAAAGGGUAAAAUGGGGUGGAAGAAUGUGAAUGGAUGUGCUAGCUGUGAUUAAUAGAACAAUGAGGGCUGAGGAAUUGUUAAGGCCAACAAAAGGCUGAUAAAAAGUUGGAGAAAAGAGGGAGAGGGAGGGAGGGAAGGGAGGGAGGGAGAGAGAAAGAGAAAGAGAGAGAGAAAGAGAAAGAGAGAGAGAAAGAGAGAGAGAGAGAGAGAGAGAGAGAGAGAGAGAGAGAGAGAGAGAAGCCCAGGAAAGUCAUGAGCCCUUGAUAACUGCUGAAUGCUCAAACGAGGGAAGUACUUGGGAUUUUAGGGCUCAGGAGAAUAAUGAAAUUCAGGUGGUCUCCAUUGCAAAUGCCUCUAUGUUCCUGCAGGUCCCGGCGUGCGGAAAAAAAUUAAGAACACCAAAGAGAUCAAGAAGAAGGGGAAAGGGAAGAAAGUGGGGGCUCUGAAAUUCCGCUUUGGGGGAAUCGCCAACAAGAGGAAAAAGGGCUCCUCGGUAAGUAAGCGCCUGUCUGUACUAAAGCCCAGUGUUCCUGGGCAUGUGCAGAAUCACUGCUCACAUGUCUGCAACCUUUGCAAUAACAGUGGCAGUCCCCUGACCUCCCCAGCUUCCUUGCAUCCUCCUGCCUGCCCCACAACUGCACUAAGUCACUGCUUCUGAGACUGGACAGCUCUUGUUCAAAGAGAGGUGGGCAGUGGUGUAGUGGUCUAGGGGUGUGAAGGGGUGUCCUGUUACUCUUUCUGAAGCUGGGUCAUGGUCUCCAGGGUCCUGGGGCUGCCCAAUCAGCAUGAAGAGGGAGCAUUUUAGCCAACGAGAAGAGGUCUUCUCACCCUCUGUGCUGAUUGGAGCCGAUCAGAGUGGAAGGAGGCAAGUUGGCCUCUGAGGAUGGGUUCCUCGGGUUCCUCUGGAGAAGACACACAGGAAGAUCUAGGAGGAAUUGUUUUGUGUGCUCCAGGGCUAAGCAUUUAGGUGCUUCAGUUUCAAGGGAACCCAAGUUCUGCUGUGAACAGCAUGGAAAACAGGUUGCUCCACAAGAUCGUAUUGGAGCACUCCAAAUCUUUUCCCUGUGUAGGUUCAUGGAAAAUAGUAGAUCGAGCUGAAAGGCAGCACAAGGAGAUCUGCAUUGAUCGCUGUAAUGCAUCCCUAAUUACAUUGUCUAAUGCUAGAAGGUUGUGCCAUCUCGAAGGGUGUGUGGCUGUGGCUGGAGGCAUGGGCUGGUGGCUGGGAGGGUCCCCAGUGUCAGCAGUGCUAACCACGUGGCUUCCCUUCCAGAGCGAGGAGGAGGAACGGGAGGAAUCCGACAGCGCCAGCAUCAACAGCUCCUCGGUGCGCUCCGAGUCCUCUGCUGUUCUGGGCAAGAGGGGAAAGAGGCGGAAGAAGAAGAAGAAGAAAAGUAGGUCAUCACCAGGAGCUUUUCUCAGGGCUCACCAGAACUGCCCAUGGGGAGGGGCACAGCAUUGGCUGGUGCAGGGCUUCAUCCUGACAGGGCAGCACACCAAGAGCUAUGCACACACACUUUAGUAAUGGAGAGAGUGCUCUUGUGCUCAGGUCCUGCUUGCAGGAUUCCUAAAGGGCACCUGGGUGGCUCCUGUGAGAAGAGGCUGCUGGACUGGCCUGAUCCAGCAGGAUCCUCUGAUAUUCUUAUGCAGGCAUAGGCAAACUCUGCCCUCCAGAUGUUUUGAGACUACAACUCCCAUGAUCCCUAGCUAACAGGACCAGUGGUCAGGGAUGGUGGGAAUUGUAGUCCCAAAACAUCUGGAGGGCCGAGUUUGCUUAUGCCUGUUCUUAUGUUUUGAUGUGCCUGGGAAGACCAGAAGUGGUGGGUAGUGAGGGCAAUGGUGCCUUUGGGCACAAUCUUUUCUGCGCACCUCCAAAGCCAUUGAGCUCCCCCCGUCUAGCUCACUGCCCCGUUGGUCAUGGGAGUUUACAUAAAGCUGAAGAAGGAAGUUGGAAGAGUGACCCUCUUUCUCACUUCACCCUUCUGCUCUAUGUGCUUUCCAAAACUCAGAUUCAUUCUACUGGAUCAGGUAUUUACUUAGGUGGCAGGUGGAGAGAGAGAAAUGACCAGAGGAGGUGGUGCCUAUGACACUCGCUCAAAAAUCCGUAUGAGCCCAUGGGCCUAAAAAGGUUGGUGACCCCUGGGCUGGAGGGUAUCUCCAUCAAUGACUAUUUGCCAUGAUGGCUUCAUGGAACUGGUAAACUGAGUGGCAAUGGAUGCCACUCACUGUGGAACAAUGGUGGGAGAUGGCUAUUGCUUCAUGUCCUCCUUGUGAACUUCACAGAGAUAGCAGCUUGACCAUUUUGGGAAUCUGUGCCCCCCUCCCAUCCCUGAUCCUUGGCCAUGCCAGCUGGCACUGAUGGUAGUUGUGGUCUAACAACAUCAAGGGUGACCGCUGAUUCUCCACUCCUGACAUAAGCCUUUGGCAUCAAGGCUCUUUCGGUUCUGAAACUAGUCCUGAAGCCAGACUGAUAAUCCUUUUCCCACAACCAUGUCUGCAGCUGACCAGCCACCGCUGACUCAGUGACCUUGCCCACCCAUCCCAAAUGGUGCUUAAAUGUUCUGUGUCAGUGUCUAUAAUUCGUGUACAGUGGUACCUCGGGUUACAUACGCUUCAGGUUACAUACGCUUCAGGUUACAGACUCCGCUAACCCAGAAAUAGUACCUCGGGUUAAGAACUUUCCUUCAGGAUGAGAACAGAAAUCACGUGGCGGUGACGCGGCAGCAGUGGGAGGCCCCAUUAGCUAAAGUGGUGCUUCAGGUUAAGAACAGUUUCAGGUUAAGAACAAACCUCCGGAACGAAUUAAGUACAUAACCAGAGGUACCACUUUACAGGGAAUGAGGCUUCCCUUCAUUGCCGUGUUGAAAAACAAUGCGUUUGAUAGCCAACAACGAAUUCAUUUUUUUGUUGCUCUGUAGUAAACAUCCAUGGGAUUAGAAAGGAUCCUGGCAAAAAGAUGCAGCAGGAAAUGAUUAAUAAUAGGAACCACAAAAGAGAUUAUGGAAGUCCAGGAGAUUCCUUGGAAUCUUGUUUUUAUGAUCUUUGUUUGAUAUAUCUCUGUAAAAUUUUAAUUUGAAAAACCAAAUAAAUAAAUUAAAAAGAAAAGAAAGUAUCCUAGCAAUAUUAUAAGCUAUGAUGGCUAUCUUGAAUUAUAUUCAUUGUUUUGACAGAUUUGUUGUUGCUUGCUUUAUAUGCUAUUGUGUUUGAUAGCAUAGUGGUUGCAACGUUGGUUGUUUCUUAAUGCUGUUGUGAUUAUUGUGAGCCACUUUGAGCUCAACAUUUGUUGUUGGAAAAGCGGGAUGCAAAUACAGUGGUGCCCUGCAAGACGAAUGCCUCGCAAGACGAAAAACUCGCUAGACAAAAGGGUUUUUCGUUUUUUGAGGUGCUUCGCAAGACGAAUUUCCCUAUGGGCUUGCUUCGCAAGACGAAAACGUCUUGCAAGUUUGUUUCCUUUUUCGUAAAACCGUUAAUACCCAGGGUGCAUUGCUUGAAGAGGUGCAGUUGCGACUUGACUUUGAGGAGCAACUCAUAGCACGCAGUGUGGUAGCCUUUUUUGAGGUUUUUGAAGACUUUGGUGAUUUUUGAAGCUUUCCCAAAACUUCUUUUGCAGCCAUUUGGUAAGUUAAACUUUUAAAACUUUUUUGGGGGUUUUUGGAUUUUGGGUUGGGGUGUUUGGAAUUCAAGGACUUGGUGUUGGGGAGGGGUUUGCAAGAAUCUGGAAGCUUGUGUGUUUUUUUCCUGCAUUUUUAUGAUUUUUUGUGACCAUUGGGCCACUCUGCUGUUUUUUUUAAAAAAAAUUCUGGGUUUGAAUUUCUGUGUGGUGGGUGACUGGGGGAACAGCUGGGGAGGGGUUUGCAACAGUUGGGGAGGGGUUUGCAAUUUCUGUGUGGUGGGUGGCUGGGGGAAUAGUUGAGGAUUUUGAAGACUUUGGUGAUUUUUGAAGCUUUUCCAAAACUUCUUUUGCAGCCAUUCGGUAAGUUAAACUUUUAAAACUUUUUUGGGGGGUUUUGGAUUUUGGGUUGGGGUGUUUGGAAUUCAAGGACUUGGUUCUGGGUUUGAAUUUCUGUGUGGUGGGUGGCUGGGUGCUUUUGAAUUUUUUGGAUGUGAAGCACUGAUUUUUUUUGGGGGGGGUUGCGCAGGUAGGAGCUGUGCUGCCAUGGGACCUAAGAAGACUGCUGCUGCAGACGACGGCGAGGGGAAGAAGGAGAAGGUUACGCUGGAAAUGAAGAAGGAGAUCAUCUGGAAGCACGACGGUGGAAUGCGUGUGACAGACCUUGCCAGGGAGUACGGGAGGAAUCCAUUGACCAUCGGGACCAUCCUGAAGAUGAGGGAGAAGAUCCUUGCGACUGAUGCAGCCAAGGGAGUCACCAGGAUCGUGAGUCCCCAGCUGUUCUGGAGGAGGUGGAGAAGUUGCUGCUCAUCUGGUUAGAAGAGAAGCAGCAUGCAGGGGACACAGUGACUGAGGCCGUCAUUUGUGAGAAGGCCAAGGCCUUGCACGCAGACCCCGUCCGGGAACAGCCAGGAACCUCAGGCGAGCCAGAACUCUUCAAGGCAAGCAGAGGCUGGUUUGACCGGUUCAAGACAAGAUCUGGAAUCCACAGCGUGGUCAGGCAUGGAGAGGCUGCCAGUUCUGAUGUUUCUGCGGCUGAAGACUUUGCAGCGGAGUUCCUGGAGGUUGUGAAGACGGAGGGCUACGUUCCACAGCAGGUCUUCAACUGCGACGAGACCGGGCUGUUUUGGAAGAGGAUGCCCAAAAGGACUUUCAUCACACAGGAGGAGGCCAAGUUGCCUGGCCACAAGCCCAUGAAGGACCGUCUGACCCUGCUCUUCUGUGCCAACGCAAGCGGCGACCUGAAGAUCAAGCCCCUGCUGGUGUACCACUCGGAGAACCCACGGGCCUUCAAGAAACACAAGGUCGACAAGGAGCAGCUGAGUGUCAUGUGGCGAUCCAACAGUAAGGAUUGGGUCACACGUGUGCUGUUUGUGGACUGGGUCAAUCUUGCUUUUGGCCCUGCUGUCAAACAGUACCUGCUGGACAACGACCUGCCGCUGAAGGCUUUGCUUCUGAUGGACAAUGCUCCUGCUCAUCCUAAAGGCCUUGAGGAGGACUUGUUGGAGGAGUUCAGCUUCAUCAGCAUCAUGUUCCUGCCGCCUAACACCACGCCACUGCUCCAGCCGAUGGAUCAGCAGGUCAUCGCCCAUUUCAAAAACUCUACACCAAGGAGCUUUUCAGGCGAUGCUUCGAGGUGACUGAUUGCACCACCAUCACCCUGCGGGAAUUCUGGAAGGACCACUUCGACAUCGUCACCUGCUUGAAGAUGAUCACCACGGCCUGGAACGGGAUCAGCCAGAGAAAUUUGAAUUGCGCUUGGCGCAGCCUGUGGCCGGACUGUGUGGCACCAAGUGACUCUGAUGCACCAGAGUCAACAGUGGUGCAGGACAUUGUUGCCUUGGGGAGGACCAUGGGCCUGGAGGUCACAGAGGAGGACAUCAGCGAGCUGGUGGAGGAGCACGACCACGAGCUGACCACCCAGGAGCUGGUCGAACUGCAGGCAGAGGCUGCGCAGGAGCAGGCCUCGCUGGAAGAGGAGGAAGCAACUGAGGAACGGCUGUCCUCCAAAGAACUGAGGGACAUUUGCCUGAAGUGGAAGGAUGUGCAGGCUUUUGCACAGCGGCACCACCCUGACAAGCACGUGGCACAUGACCUUGCGAACACUUUUGAUACGAGGGUCAUGUCGCCUUUCAGGGAGGUGCUGAAAAGGCGGAUGAAGCAGCAGACCAUGGACAGGUUCUUCAGCAAGAAGCAAAGAGUGGAAGAGGAACCUUCUUCAAGUUGUCCCCCAGAGUCUUAGAAAAUGUACUGUACACUUUGUUGAUUUUUAAAUGUUUUUCUGUCAUGUUUAGAAACUUAAUUUAUUGUUCCUUCAAUUUUUGAAAUGCUCUUUACAGUAUGUGUGACUUUAAAGAGCACUUAAUAAACUCUUGUUGUACCAAAUUUGGCUUUGUUUGGACUUUUUUGACCAUAGGAACACAUUAAUUGAAUUUCAAUGCAUUCCUAUGGGAUUUCGUGUUUCGCAAGACGAAAAAUUCGCUAGACGAAAAAACUCGCAGAACGAAUUAAUUUCGUCUUGCGAGGCACCACUGUAUUAAAUCGACUCACCUCAACUAAUUGAGGAAACCCUGAUAAGCAGUCCAGAAUGAUGUUUCCUCCACCUGGCUUUUGCCUUCCAGUUGAAGAAGGAGAUGGCUACGAGACAGACCACCAGGAUUACUGCGAGGUGUGCCAGCAAGGAGGGGAGAUCAUUCUCUGUGACACCUGCCCCCGGGCCUACCACCUCGUCUGUUUGGACCCAGAGCUGGAGAAGGCACCGGAAGGGAAAUGGAGCUGCCCGCAUUGUGUAAGGAGGUUUGGCUCUUGAGAGUCAGCCGUUGGCAAGAAAAGGGUGCAGGAUGUGCUUUGAGGGAGAUUUCUAACCUGUAUGGCAGACUAUUACCGUAUUUUUCACUCUAUAAGACACACAAGACCAUAAGACACACCUAGUUUUUGGAGGAGGAAAACAAGUAAAGAAAUAUUUUGAAUCCCAGAAGCCAGAACAGCAAAAGGGAGCACUGCACAGCGAAAGCAGCGACCCCUCUUGCUGUUCUGGCUUCUGGGAUAGCUGCGCAGCCUCUUCAGGGCAGCGGGAUGAAGGCUCCCCCUGCCCUGAAGAGGUUGCGCGCGGCUAAGCCAGAAGCUAGAACAGCGAGAGGCAGUGCUGCGCAGUGACCCCUCUUGCUGUUCUGGCUUCUGGGAUAGCUGCGCAGCCUGCAUCUGCUCCAUAAGACACACACACAUUUCCCCUUACUUUUUAGGAGGGGAAAAGUGAGUCUUAUAGAGCAAAAAAUACAGUAGUUCUGGGGCUAAUUGCUGAGCUGAGGAAACUGCAGCGCUAUAAUUCCCAGAGUGCUUAAACAGUCAACCCCAGGGAAUUCAGGGAAUUGUAGCUCUGGGAGGGGAAUCAGGGACUCUCCUAGUACCUCUCAGAAUCCUUACCAACCUACAACGCCCAUAAUUCUUUGGGGGACUAUUUAAAGUAGUAUCAUAGUGCUUUAAAUGUAUGGUGUGAACAUUGCUAUGGUGAGGGGGAAAGUAUCUAGCUUCGAGGAUGCCAUAUGAUAAUCAAGCAGCUCUGGAUAUCAAAUGCAGGUGUCAAAUAUUAGGCAAAUGUCUCUGCAGAGAAUAUCUGGAUAGCUUUGGUUUUUUUUAUUAUAAAACUGGUAUAUACCAAUGAACAUUCCAAGGCCACCCCCAAGUGGUUUACUUACUAAAAUAAUUUUACACACCCACCCACCCCUACCUCACAAUAUUUUAUAAGAAUUAAAAGUUAUUAAAAAUUAGGCCUGUAUUUACUCUGGUAUACGGAGUACUGUUGCUUGAAGCAAGCAUUGCAUGAUUUCUUGUGUUCCGUAGGGACGUGACAUCACACUGGAUUCAAACAUAUCCCCUUAAUAAGGGCUGAUUCUAAUGAUCAAAACAUAAUGAUUCCUGUGUUUGCCUUAAACACACAUUCCAUAGAUGCAGUAUUUUAUUUCAUCCUCAGGGGCAGAAGAGACUUCACUUCCUAGAAACAUACUUUGUAAUUUCUGUCAACUUGCACAAAUAUAUUUUGUCUGACUCGUGCCAUUUCACCAUCUUAAGCAAGCCAAUAAAUUUGCCCCAGUCUCUUAUGCACAGCUGCUUUUAAACUGCCUGAAAAAUUUCGCAAAUACAUUUUACCGGAGGCCAUUGCAGAGGAGAUAAACAUGGCGGGCUCAGAGUUGGGAUGUGAAACAUUUCAGCUCUGCCUUCCCCUUUACACCAGGAAAAAGAAGGCAUCCAAUGGGAGCCAAAGGAAGAGGAUGAGGAGGAAGAGGAGGUUGGUGAGGAAGAGGACGACCACAUGGAGUUCUGCCGCAUCUGCAAGGAUGGAGGGGAGCUCCUUUGCUGUGACACCUGCCCGUCCUCCUACCACCUGCACUGCCUCAACCCACCUUUGCCGGAGAUACCAAAUGGUGAAUGGCUCUGCCCCCGUUGUACAGUGAGUGUUUUACCAGCCUUCCUCGUGCCAUCUGCUCCCUUGUGCCCCCUGGCAGUGGGGCCGGGCUUGAUGCCGACGGCUUGGGACCUCCAAGGUGGGACAGCCAGUGGCCGGCUCUCCUCUGCCAGGUCCUAGCCUGAAUCCUGAGGUUCUCUUUUGCCCAUAUGCAUUCACUGGAGAAGAAUGCAAAAGCCCUGCCACCAGUCAAUCUCCUUAGAGGUGCAUUUGGGGAAUUUUGCCUGGCAGGGAGCAGGGGUUCCACCCUCUCUUUCCUGUCUUCUUUUUUAAAAAGUCAAAUCCACACCAAGUACAGUGGAACCUCGGCUCCCGAACACCUUGGGAGCUGAACGUUCCGGCUCCCAAACAAUCGAAAACCAGAAGUGAUUGUCCCAGUUUUCAAAUGUUCUUUGGAAGCCAAACAUCCAGUGUGGCUUCCACUGCUUCUGAUUGGCUGCAGGAAGCUCCUGCAGCCAAUCAGAUGCCAUGCCUUGAUUCUCGAACUGUUUUGGGAGUCAAACGGGUUCCUGGAACGGAUUAAGUUCAGGAACAAAGGUUCCACUGUAAAGUUUCAGAAUGGAAAAGGCACCCCCCAAUUAUUUUUGUUCACUUUUCUAAAACUAUGUAUAAGAAAGGUUUAGUUUCAUCUUUGCAGCUGCUGCAUCGAAAAAAUGAGUCAAAACAACCCAUCUUUAAGGGGUCUUCCGACUUUAUAAUUCAGUUGCACAGUUUCUGCCUUCCUGUCUGGGGGGCUAGAAAUUGUCCUCACUCUUCCCCCUGGUCUCCUCCUCUCCCUUCCUUUAAAUUGUAAGCUCCUCAGGGCAGAGACCUUUCUCCCUCCCACUGCACCCCCCCCAGGCUGGUUGUGUACUCCGCACCACAGGCAAGUGAGACGUCCUGCGCUCAGAUCUUGUUCUGGAUCUUGCAGGUGAAGCCAAUUGUAGAUUGUGUGUGUCUCACCCUCUUUCGUCCUCAGUGCCCGCCGUUGAAAGGGAAAGUGCAGAGGAUCCUCCACUGGAUCUGGCAGGAGCCCCCAGCUCCACUCGUGCCAGCCUUGCCCUUGGCGGAUCCAGAGCUGGCUGCUCUGCCACUGAAGCCUCUGGAGGGGAUCCCCGAGAGAGAGUUCUUCGUGAAGUGGGCAGGACUGUCCUAUUGGCACUGCUCCUGGGUCAAAGAGUUGCAGGUAAGUAAGCAGUCACAGCAGAUGCUGGGGCAGGGGAGUUCUGCAUGCAAGGCAUACGGUCUACCCACUGAGCUACAGCCCUUUCUCAGCGCUCUCCCUUUACAGCUGGAGCUCUACCACACGGUGAUGUUCCGCAACUACCAAAGGAAGAACGAUAUGGACGACCCUCCAGCUUUUGACUAUGGCUCGGGUGACGAGGACACCAAGAUAGAGAAGAGGAAGAGCAAAGACCCCGAGUAUGCCAAGAUGGAGGAGAAGUAUUAUCGUUACGGCAUCAAGCCCGAAUGGAUGAUGAUUCACCGUAUCCUCAACCACAGGUGAGGAGGCCCACGUCGCACCUGUGUAAAUCAGAUUUGUUGGCUCAGGAAGAUGGUUUCGCAAACAUCAAAGGAUUAGAGGUCAAAGGACAGGUUUUCGGCAGACUGGCCUUUGUUUAUCAGUCUUAUAUCUGGGGAUCUGGUGGAUUAGCUGAAACUGCAUAUAAGGUGGUUUGGUCUUUUUUAAAGGGAAAACAGGGUCAGAUGAAGAUGUGGAUCUAAUUAACAAAGUUUCUUCUAUAUUAUAGUAGAUUCAUUAUCAUCAUCAUUAUUAAUAUUAUUAUUAUUAGACCAUUUCCCCCAAUUUUUUUUAUUGAUUUUCACAAAAUUAAAAGCACACAAACAAUAAACAAACAAACAUAAAUCAUAACCUUAUUAAGACUAAUCUUAUUAACAUUGUUAAGUGACUUCCUCGUAUCCCCCUUGUUGAAUUUUAAUGCAUAUCAUUUUAACAGUUUUCCAAAUCAGUAUUCUUAUAAGAUUAACUUACUACCCUUGCUGGUACCUUUCCCGGGAAAAUCAGAGGCUCACUAUGUCAGGUUAGUACUGGAAGACCGGACAAAUGCUAGAACGUUGGCAGUGGCAAAGUUUUUAUCAGUGGUUGCAAGAACAAAUGAGCCCUAUAUUCUAAACAAAAUGCUUGUUUAACCUGGAGGUAGACUGUAUGAAUUGUGUAUUGAUUUGUAGUGAUUUGUUGGGUCUCUGGACCAUAAUAAAGAUUGAUUGAUUGAUUGAUUGAUUGAUUGAUUGAUUGAAUAGAUUAACUUAAUCACUUAACAUCUUUGUUUCUUUCCAAUUCAGCAUUAAACAUAAUAAUUCAUCACAUUGCAUAUUUAAAUCCUAAGCCUAUCUGGUAAUUGCAAGCUUUUUCCAAUUAGUUUAACUUAAAAUAUUUGACUAAAUAAUCAUUAAAUUUCGUCCAUUCUUCCUGGUAUUCCUCCUCCUUCUGGUCACGGACUCUUCCGGUCAGGUCGGCCAGCUCCAAAAAAACCCAUCAUCUUCAUCUGCCAUUCUUCCACUGUUGGUAUUUCUUGCGUUUUCCACUUCUUAGCUAAUAAAAUUCGAGCAGCAGUUGUGGCAUACAAAAAUAAUUUAACAUCUUUCUUGGGCAAUUCCGAACCUAUUAUUCCAAGAAGAAAGGCCUCUGGUUUCUUUAUAAAUGUAUAUUUCAACAUUUUUUUCAAUUCAUUAUAAAUCUUUCCCCAGAAGUCUUUCACCUUGGUGCAGGUCCACCACAUAUGAUAGAAAGUACCUUCUUUUUCUUUACAUUUCCAACAUAGAUUAUCACAGUUAUGAUAAAUCUUUGCUAAUUUAACAGGGGUCAAAUACCACCUAUACAUCAUUUUCAUUAUAUUUUCCUUUAACAUUGUACAUGCAGUGAACUUGACCCCUUUCUUCCACAGUCUUUCCCAAUCCUCAAACAUUAUGCUAUGUCCCACAUAUUAUUAUACCGUUUUUUGUCAGAAGACCACAGGGAGGUUUGCAGCAUACAACACAAAUGUCAUAAAAUAAUAUCAGCACAACAUGAAAUAUACUAAUCAGAAGAUUCUUAAUCCUACUUCUAGAACAUGUAAUCUGAAUCCUGAAAUACUGUUCAUUGGUGGACUGGGUCAGGUUUGUGGCUCUGCUUUGAAAAACCAGCUGUGUCUUCUGCUUCCCAGCUUUGACAAGAAAGGAGAUGUCCACUAUCUGAUCAAGUGGAAGGACCUGCCGUAUGAUCAGUGCACCUGGGAGGUGGAUGAAAUCGACAUUCCGUACUACGAGAACUUCAAGCAGCAAUACUGGAAUCACAGGUCAGGGGGUGAGGCAUUGUGCAGGAUACGUCGAUGCGGGGAGGGCAGCCAGGGGCUAAUGCAUUCAGAUAAUCAGAGAAUAAAAUAACAGAAUUGUAGAGUUGGACAGGGUCUGCAAGGGCCAUCUAGUCCAGCCCCCUGAAAUGCAGGAAUCACAGCUGAAGAAUCCCCAAGAGUUGGCCACAAAACCUCUGUUUAAAAAACUUCAGUGAGGAAGAGGCCGCCACCUUCCAAGGAAGUCUGUUCCACUGCCCAAAAGCUCUUACCACCAGAAAAGUCUUCUUCUUGCGCUUAAGGCAUAUAUAGCCUGCCCUUUAGCCAAAAGAGUCCUUAAGCAGGGUUGCCAAUUUUGCCAAUUUCCCCUUAAAAUAGCUAAGAAAUGGCAAUUAUUAUUUAUUUGCGAACAACUUUUCCGUCCCAAUUUUCACAGUUUGAAAUAUGGCAACCCUACCUUAAGAGUGGCUUAGAACAAUCAGUGCUAAAAUGGUCCCUUGUCCUCAGACACACAGUGUAAAGAGACAUGGCGCAAGAGGAAAAAAGAAUGGGAAGGAGGAGGGAAAAGCAAGCUCAAACACUUCUCAGUUGUUGUUGUUGUUAUUAUUAUUUAUUAAAUUUGUAUACUGCCCUUCAUCGGGAAAUCUCAGGGCGAUUCACAACACAGAAAUACAAGAUAAAAACAUAAUAAAAACAAGAGCAGAGAAUGGAGGAUAUAUAGAUUCUGUUUCUGUGUCAGUUCCACAUCCAGCUUUGCUCUCCCUCUUCCACUCCCAUACUACACACCUAUCCUUGCACUAGCUCUCCCACCUCUCUCGUUCUUUCCUAAAUGAGUCCCUUUGCUCUUCCACCUUUCACCAGGAGAAGUUGGAGUGUUUAUGGAUGUUCCACACCACCCCAGCAGCUUAGCCAGCCCUGUCUUAUUUCAGUAUAUUGAAGCCAGGGCUCUUACAGCUAGGGGCCCAAUCCCACAGUCUGUGUUUACGUCCAUUUUGUCAUUGGGUUCAAAUUGACAAAGAUCCCUUGCAAAUGUCCUUGAGUUUUAAUCUGAGAUGCCAUCAUUGUUUUGGUGGUUGUUGCAAGUGGCCGAAGAGAUCAGCCAAAGUUGGCUUUGCAAACAGAUAUGCCAUGUCUCUGGCAGGUGUGUGUCAGUUUUCAUAGCUGAGUGCCUUCUGCAGGUUCUUGUAAUGCAGAAGGUCAUAGGUUUGAUUCCUAUCAUCUCCAGGUAGGGCUAAGAAAAGACCCCUGCUUGAACUGUGGAGAGCCUGGACAGAUCAAUGGUUUGACAAAAAUGAUGAUCAUAGAAUUGUAGUGUUGGGAGGGACCCCAAGAGUCAUCCAGUCCACCCCCUGCAGUGCAGGAAUCACUUGGUCUAAGGUGGCAUCCUGCACCACACUGACUUUUGUGUUUGAUUCACUUGCAGGGAGAUGAUGUUGGGAGAGGAGAGCAGCCAGACCGCCAAGAGGCUGAGCAAGAAAGGGAAGAAGUUCAAUGACGAGAAACUAGAAAGACCUCCAGAAUCGCCUCUUGUGGAUGUACGUUCGGGAUCCGGAAUGGGGGGGGUGGGAGAGAGCUUGUUUCCCCACCCACUCCUCAUACAUGUUUACGUUUCCUAUAUGACAUUUUGUCCCCCUUAAAAAUGGUUAUUGAAAGCUUCUUACACUUUCUUUCUCACCUUUUGGUCUGCUUCCGAGAGUUCAGCAGGCAUCGGCUGCACAACAUCAAGAAUGCCGUCACAGUCAUAAGGGCUAGCUGCUUGGUUUUAAGCAAAAGGAAAGAAAGAUCAGCCCUUAGCAAUUGCAUUUUGAAGCAAUGGAAGAUUCAAUUGCAUACCCGUCUUUUUUUAUUACAGUGGUACCUCGGGUUAAGAACUUAAUUCGUUCCGGAGGUCCGUUCUUAACCUGAAUCUGUUCUUAUCCUGAGGAACCUGUUAAGUUGUGGGUGAACAUAUCAGACCACACAGCGAUUCUUCAAACAGCUCUUGUUUAUUCAGAGGCCAGAACAGAACUGAGCUGAAGGGUUCAGUCAGCCUGCUUAUAUAGAGCUCCAGUACACAUAAUUGUAACAACUUUCUAAAACUAUCCAAUCACUGAAAGUCACUUUCGAUCCCUUAUUUGCAUAACUAUCUACAGUAUCCCCCUUCUGGCCCAGGGUGAGAACUUCAGUACAUAACACCACCACUUUAGCUAAUGGGGCCUCCUGCUGCCACCGCACGAUUUCGGUUCUCAUCCUGAAGCAAAGUUCUUAACCCAAGGUACUAUUUCUGGGUUAACAGAGUCUGUAACCUGAAGUGUUUGUAACCUGAAGCGUCUGUAACCCGAGGUAUCACUGUAUUAAAAAAGCAAUGAGUCAACUGGAAAUGUCUUCCAUUGCUUGACGGCUUUAAUGGCAUGCCUUGUUUUCUUCCUUCCCCUGCAGCCCACCAUAAAAUUCGACAAGCAGCCGUGGUAUAUUGAUACAACCGGUGGGACGCUGCAUCCUUAUCAGCUGGAGGGUCUCAACUGGCUGCGGUUCUCCUGGGCGCAGGGAACGGACACCAUCCUUGCUGAUGAGAUGGGCCUCGGGAAGACCGUCCAGACCAUUGUGUACCUUUACUCCCUUUACAAAGAGGUAGAGGCCUUUCUUGUGCUAUCCCUGACUUAGAACCACAGAAUCGUAGAAUUGUAGUGUUGGAAGGGACUGCCAAGGGUCAUCUAGCCCACCCCCCCAUGCAAUGCAGGAAUCGCAACUCAAGACUCUCCAGCAGAUGGCUAACCAACCUCUGCUUAGAGACCUCCAAUGAAGGAGAGCCCAUCGCUUUCUGAGGGAGUCCACCGUCAAACAGCUCUUACCAUCAGAAAGUCCUUCCUGACGUUUAGCUGGAAUACCUUUCUUGCAAUUUGAAUCCAUUGCCUCAGGUCCUCCUGUCUGGAGCAGCAGAAAAUCAGCUUGCUCCAUCUUCCAUGGGGCAGCCCUUCAGAUAUUUAAAGAUGGCCAUAAUAGGCCCUCUUGGUCAUCUCUCCUCCAAGCUAAACAGACCCACAACCAUUCUUCCUUAUCUGGCCUCCUUUGCAAGGAGGUUGUUUAUGGGGAAAUCCCUCCCCUUUGCACAGAAACACCCCUCUUUCCCCGAACAGGGCCACUCCAAGGGUCCGUACCUGGUCAGCGCCCCUCUUUCCACCAUCAUCAACUGGGAGCGGGAGUUUGAGAUGUGGGCGCCCGAAUUCUACGUGGUCACGUACACGGGGGAUAAGGAGAGCCGGUCUGUGAUUCGCGAGAAUGAGUUCUCCUUUGAGGACAACGCCAUCCGCAGCGGGAAGAAAGUUUUUCGGAUGAAGGUGAGCACUGGUUGGUGGGGAGUGAGCAAGCAUCGUUUGCUUAUGAACAUAGAAAGCUACCUUAUGUCACGAUGGACCAGUGCUCCAUCUAGCUCAGUAUUGCUGACACUGGCAGGCAGCCAGGGUUUCAGGUGUGGAUCGUUCUUCCCAGCCCUCCUUGGAGAUGCCAGACAUAGUGGGUUGUAUCCAAAGUAGUUCUACGCAGAGGAGACCCAUAGAAAUGGCUAGGCAUAGCCAACUUAGGCCCCAUUUGCACCAGAAAGCAGUAUCAUACCACUUUGAACAAUAAUGACGUACCCCACACUGAAUCCUGGGAACUAUAUUUUAUUAGAGCUGCUAAGAAAUUUUAGGAGACCCCAGUUCCCCUCAGAGAGCUGCAGUUUAACAGAGAUACAAACUCUCGAAGUGGUUUAUAUUUUAAUUUUUAUUUAUUUCUUAAUAAAUGAUACAGAAAAUUAAAAUAAAGUAAACAAACAAAUAUUAAUACAAAAUUAAACUAAAGAAAAUACAUGUACCCCCUACCCUGCAAACAGAAACCUUACAUACCCCGGUGACUUCCCUCCACCACGACUCGACUUCCUUUAGCUCAAAUUUAAAUACUAUCAGUGCAUUUUUUGGAUAAUACAUCUCUUAUAGCCAUUUCCAGUUAUUGUUCUCGCUUAUACUUUACAUACUUAAUCCAUGCAUAUCAACAUAUUCUUUUUAGAACAGUGUUUUUCCAUAUACUCCUCAAAACAUUGCCAUUCUAAUCUUAAUUUUUGAUUUGUCUGGAGCCUUAUGACUGCUGUUAACUUUGCCAUUUCUAUAAAUUCACUUAAUUUACAUAUCCAAUCUUCUUUUGUGGGUAUUGUUUCACCUUUCCAUUUACUGGCGAGAGCUAUUCUGGCGGCUGCCGUGGCGUAUAGAAAGAUUGUUUUCUUUUCCUGUGGGAUAUCCUUCCAUAAUAAACUAGUAAAUACGCCUCUGCUUUCUUUCCUAUGGUGAUUUUGAGCAUCUUUUUCAACUCUUUAAAAAAAAAAAUUCUCUCAAGAGUGGUUUAAUAAUCUUUCACAGGGAACUUUUGAGAAUUGUAGCUCUGUGCAAGGAAUAGGAGAUCUCCUAACACCUCUCAUCACCCUCAACAAGCUACAGUUUGGGGGGAAAAAUUAGAGUUUGAAGGGACCCCAAGGGCCAUCUAGUCCAACCCCCUGCAAAGCAAGACUCACAGCUAAAGAAUCUGUGACAGAUGACCAUUGAACCUCUGUUUUGCCAAACCAUAGUUAAAACAAGCUGCCGGUUCCUAAGCCUGCAACAAACGAUAGCGUCACAUCAUGGUUUGUUGGGCAGAAAACUAAGCAUGGGUAGUCUGCAAGGGCCGGGUCUAUAUGUUGAAGCAAACCAUAGUUUGGCUUGAACCAAAGCUAGCUUAGCUUUGUGUGUGAACCAGGGCCAUCAUGGAACCUCCGAAGCUGCCUCGCACCAGGGCAGAAUGCUUGCCUGCAUAGCUCCAUCUUGCCUAUUCUGCUUGGUAGUGGCACUCCAGACUCAGCGGAAAGAAGAGGUCUUCUAUUCGCUCCUUGUAAUGAGAGAUGCCAGGGAGUAAACCUGGGACAUUCUGCAUGAAAAGCCGGUAUGCUCUGAGCUCUGGGCCUCUCUCCAGAUCACGCCUCUCUUGCUGGCAACAUUGUCUCCUUGUUUCCUCUAGAAAGAAGCUCAGAUCAAGUUCCAUGUCCUGCUCACAUCCUAUGAGCUCAUCACUAUUGACCAGGCCAUUCUGGGAUCCAUUGAGUGGGCAUGCUUGGUGGUGGAUGAAGCCCACAGACUGAAGAACAACCAGUCCAAGGUAGGUGCACCUUUUCAGGGCAGGUUGGCAGAGUCUGGUGCAGGGGUUGAAUGGCAGAUGUUUCCCGAACUGCUGAUAGCCAAGGCAUGCUCCAUUCUGGACCCAAAACUGGAGGCACCACAUUGACUUUGUGCGAGAACAAGCUGGUUUGGGGAAUGUGUAAAGAGACACAAGGUUACCUGUCCCAAGAGGAGCCAACAAGAACACCGGUCUCCAAAUGAGGGAGAUCAUUGCUCUGGGGGUGCCUCCUAGAAUCAUAGAAAUGUAGAGUUGGAAGAGAUCCCAAGGAUCAUCUGCAAUUCAGGAGGCACAGCUAAAGAAUCUUUGAAGGAUGGUGAUCCAACCUCUGCUUUAAAGUCUCCAAGGAGGAGAGUCCACCACUUUCCAAGGGGGAAAGGAGGGUGAACGUGAUGGUGGGGCACCAGUUUCCAGAGCAGCCUCUUAAUCCUGCAUCCCAUCCCAUGGGUUGGGAGGGUCAGUAGUCAGUGGCUUCUCUUUGAAUGGAAAAUUAUGUGAUGGUUCGACUGCCCAGAUCCUUUGCCAUAAGCUCUCUGUCAACCCCUCACCUUUUCUCCAAAGUUUUUUAGGGUGCUCAACAGCUACAAAAUCGACUAUAAGCUGCUUCUGACUGGGACGCCUCUGCAGAACAACCUUGAGGAGCUCUUCCACUUGCUCAACUUCCUCACGCCAGAGAGGUUCAAGUGAGUAUUUAAGGACAUCAGAAGACACCUGCUGGAUCAGGCCAAUGGCCCAUCUAGUCCAGCAUCCUGUUCUCGCUGUUGCCAACCAGCUGACCCCAUGGGAAACCAGCAAGCAGGACUCAAGCACAAGAGCAACUCUCCCCUCCUGUGGUUUCCAGCAAUUGGUAUUCAGAAGCAUUGCUACCUCCAGCUGUGACAGCAGAGCAUAGCCAUUGUGGCUAGUAGCCAUCGGUAGCCUUUUCCUUCACAAAUUUGUCUAAUCCUCUUUUAAUUCCACCCAAUAUGGUGGCCGGCAUUGCCUCAUGUGGCAGUGAGUUCCAUAGUCUUAACUAUGCAUUGCGUGAAGGAGCACUUUUUAGAAAAUGUCCAGAAUCUUACAACAUUCAGCUUCGUUGGAUGUCUAUGAGUUGCUGUGUUAUGAGAGGAGAAAGACCACUUUCUCAAUGCCAUGCAUAAUUUUUUAUAAACUUCCAUCAUGUCGCCUCUUCCUCACUUUUUCUCUAAACUAAAAAAAAAUCCCAAAUGCUGCAAGUUAUGCCCUUCCUCACGUAACUUCCAAAACAGAUUUCCUCAAAUGUGUGCCCUCUAGCUAUUUUGGACUGCAACUCCCAUCAUCCCUAAGCUAGGGCUGAUGGAAAAUGUGUUCCAAAACAGCUGAAGGGCACCAUAUUGGGGAAAGCUGCUCUGUGGCAGACCAUUGAACAAACCGUAACUUGAGGCUGAAGCCACACCUUAUGCUUUGUUUGGGACUGUGGAUGUGCCUGUGGUUGGUUGGUGGUCUGCAUGAAGACUUUGGAGUGACUGGGCUUGGUGUAAAUCCUCGUCUUUCCCCUUUACCUGGCCAACCUUGCAGGGCUGCCUUCCUGCUGUAUUUAAGGCUCUGUUUACCAGAUGCCGCCUGCAGCUCUUGUUUUGGUGGCUCGCCCACGUGCCGGAGAGCAGCUCUUCUCAACCUGCGCUCAGGUAUGGCUGCCCAGAGCUCCAGCCUGGCCAGCUGGCAACAAGACCUUCUCCAGACGUUGCCUUGAAGCCACCCAAUGACACUGUACAAGAUGCAUCCUACAGGCAGAGCAGGUGGCAUCUGCUGCGCUGGAGCGCCAUGGCUACCUUUGCCAAGCCCUGGCUGCUCCAUAAUCCAUCCUCUGCUGUUCCACAGCAACCUGGAGGGCUUCCUGGAAGAGUUUGCAGACAUCUCCAAGGAGGACCAGAUCAAGAAACUACACGACCUUUUGGGACCUCACAUGCUCCGGAGGCUGAAGGCCGAUGUGUUUAAGAACAUGCCUGCCAAGACGGAGCUGAUUGUCAGGGUGGAGCUGAGCCAGAUGCAGAAGUGAGUUCUCCCCUUGCAAGACGUGCUGGGCCAGGCCACAGCACAGUGACUGAGCCCUAUGGCCCACAGCUUGGAAACUGGGGAGCAAGUGGGGUGUUUUUAUUUGCAGUGGUCCUGGUGGCCCAGAAGUUGUUUCAUCUGCAUGUAGACCCCCACCUUUACUGAUCCAUUACCAUAGUUAGAGAAAUGGUGGGUGUGUCUGUUAUUAUUAUUGGCAAUAUUAUCAUGCUCUUUAGCAGGAAAAAGCUCCCAUAUAAGUCCAUAGUGACUUCCACAACAGUCCUUGUUCUCAGACUUGUAGUGGAAAAGGGAAUGUGAGAAUACCUGCAAGUCCCCACCCUCCACAAAAAACACACACAUGAAACACAGACAGAAAACUCAUUCCACCCAUCCAUCAUUUAUUAUACAGUCACAGGCCCGUCAAAACAGAGUAGACUGUAUUGAGAUAUAUAUAUAUAUAUAUAUAUAUAUAUAUAUAUAUAUAUAUAUAUAUAUAUAUAUAUAUAUAUACAUACACACACACACACACACACACACACACACACACACACACCCCAUUAAAGCAUUCACUUAUGGCAAAUACAAUGUGAUACAAAGCAUAAAACACACACGUCUUUAAGAGACAGCAUGACACAAGCAUCAAGCAUGAUGCACGACCUGCAAUUAGAAUAAUAGUGUCAUCUUGUGAGAACUUUGAGCAGAGAAGAAAUUUGGAAAAAUGAGCAACACCCCCUCAAAAAGGAGGCAGUGGUGGUGGUGGUGAUCCCACGAGCUACAUUCACUAGUUUUCCCGAGGCCGAUGGUGCCAGCCUUUUACACAUAGGGCCUCCACUUUCUCUUUCUCCAUUGGAAGGCCAUUACAGAGACAGCCUGUUUGCUAUCAUUUUUCUUCCAGGAAGAGAGAGUGCUAGGGACUUGCUGUGUCCUUGUUUACUUACAAGUUGAGCAGAUGGGAAGCAGGGAGGCCCAUGUGCUCCCUCAAAGGCCACUGCCCUCCUGCUCUGUGGGGCUGCUUCUUAACAGCUGCUAGCCCCAAAACUCUUGUUCUCUUUUGUGUUUUUGCCCCCCCCUUUCACUCUUCCUGGCAGGAGAGUGUGACUUUCAUUCCAAGCUCCAGAAACAUAAGCAAAGCAUCACAACCCGUUGAGGAAGUCCUGGUAGCUUUGCAGAGGUAUACGAUUGAAAUGCUCAUAUCCUUCCCCCCUCCCCGUUCACUGCAGGAUAGUGUAUCUAGGAUCUCAGACAGAAUCAUAGAAUUGUAGACUUGGAAGGCACCCAGGUCUUUAUUUUGCUUGUGGCUGGGUGGGAUCUAGCAUGCCCCUUGUGAGUCAUGGAAAUGUUACAGCUUCCAUGGGAAGCCCAGAAGCCCCUUAACUAAGAUGCCCUUUCCCCACUUGUGUUCUCACAGGAAAUACUACAAGUUAAUCCUGACAAGGAACUUUGAGGCUCUGAAUUCGAAAGGUGGAGGCAACCAGGUGUCCCUGCUCAAUAUCAUGAUGGAUCUCAAGAAGUGUUGUAACCAUCCGUAUCUUUUCCCCGUGGCGGCUGUGGUAGGUCUGUUUCUAUUUUAUGCCUUCCCCCUCCCCACCUUUGCUCCAAACCGCAGCUCAGAUCAGUGCGCUGGGUGGACGGGCUUCCUAGGCAGUUGCCCAUCAUAGAGUUGGAAGGGACCUUGAGAGUCAUCAAGUCCAACCCCCUGCAAUGCAGGCAUCUCAGCUAAAGCAUCCAAGACAGAUGGCCAUCCAACCUCUUCUGAAAAACUCCGAGGAAGGAGAGUCACUCCAGAGGGGCUCCUCUGUAUGAAUCAGAGCUGGUGGUCACCAAUGUGACCUCUGUCUCUCUUCACCAUCUCAGUCGGGGGAGGUUCUGAACCUCUGGGUGGGGUCCGGGGUGAAUUGGACUUGGACAAAGAGUCUGAAGCUUACUCCAGCCAAGGCAGAGUUGCUUUUGGCCAAGAGGCCCAACAACCCAGUCUUAAGGGGUCUGCUUGCUCUGGAUAAGGUCACUCUCAUCAGGUUCACCAUUGGAGGUGGGGGAACUCCUUGACCCAACUUUACUCUUUCAUAAGAGCAUAAGAAGAGCCUGCUGGAUCAGACCAAUGGCCCAUCUAGUCCAGCAUCCUGUCCUCACAGUGGCCACCCAGACGGCACUCAGCAAGCAGGAUCCAAGAGCCCUUUCCCCUCCUGUGGCUUCCAGCAACUGGUAUUCAUUACUGCCUCCAACUGCAGAAGCAGGAUAUAUCCCAUAAACCUUUUAUUUUCUUUAUUCCAUUUGCUUAAGAACUCUAUGCGUCCAUUGCUCACAGUAUCUUAAGCCAGCAACCAACAAAAUGGGUUGUCUCCUGCUAAGUCCUACUCAGAGCAGACCCACUGAACUUAAUUGAACCCAGGUUAACCAUGCCCAUUAAAUUGCAUCUGUCUACUCUGAGUAGGACUGCUGUUAGAUGUAAACGGUGUGUUUAUCUGUUUAGUCAGCAUUAUAAACUAUUGUCAUUUGCGAAGUCGUUCCUGGGACAUUUUGGUGGGUCCUAACUACUGUGGAUUUUGGAUUUUUUUCUUGUGGACCUCUUAAGUUAUUCAGAACAUAAGGACAUAAGGAGAAACUGCUGGAUCAGGCCAGUGGCCCACCUAGUCCACCAUCCUGUUCUCACAGGGGUCAAGCAGUUACCCCAAGCUCACAAGCAGAACCCAAGCAUAAGAACCCUCUCCCCUUUUGUGGCUCCUAGCAAUUGGUAUUCAGAAGCGUGAUUGACUCAAGCGCAGAGAGUUGGCUUAGACUGAGCAAGACCACUGGUCCAUCCAAGACUGGGUGUGGCUUCAUCUCUCUGGAGACACUUCUUGCUCAAUCAGCUGCCUCCUAGCAGAGGUCAUGUGCUGUGCAGGAGCCGUUCCCUUGCAGGCCGGACUUAGCCAUUCCCCACUCACUUCCCUUUGCUCUUAGGAAGCCCCGGUAUUGCCAAACGGGUCUUACGACGGCAGCUCGCUGGUGAAGUCGUCUGGGAAGUUGAUGCUGCUGCAGAAGAUGCUCAAGAAGCUGAGGGAUGGUGGCCACCGGGUGCUCAUCUUCUCCCAGGUGUGAACAGGUCGAGCGGCAAAGGCUGCAUCCAUGCGGCCAUUUAUUCCAUUUCCCCAAAGAAACUGUUAAUUUGUGCAUCGUACUUGUUCUUCCGCAUGAUGUGAAAGCACUUCAGGAAAACUUUGGGAACGUGGGGCUUGUUUAGCGCUCAUUUUAGUGUUAUUUGAUUCCAGAAAGAAAAGGGGGAAAAACUUGUUUGACCAGGAAAAAUUGUAGGAGUAAAGUGAUAAAAGUUUGGGAGUGGUAUACCAGCAUGCAGUUACCUGUAUUUUUCGCUCUAUAAGGCGCACCAGACCAUGAGACGCACCUAGUUUUUGGAGGAGGAAAACAAGAAAAAAAAUAUUUUGAAUCUCAGAAACCAGAACAACAAGAGGGAUCGCUGUGCAGUGAAAGCAGCGAUCCCUUUUGCUGUUCUGGCUUCUGGGAUAGCUGCGCAGCCUGCAUUCGCUCCAUAAGACGCACACACAUUUCCCCUUACUUUUUAGGAGGGAAAAAGUGAGUCUUAUAGAGCAAAAAAUACGGUACCUUCCUGCUGUUUUCAUGGGGGAAUCCUGUGGCUGCCGUAGAGUGUCUUCUGUUUCUGAGUACUUUGGGCUUAAAGGGACCUUUAAUUGUUUCUUUUUAUUUCAGGUGGUGCACUCGCUCAUGGUCUGAUUAUUUUAUUUUAAUUUUUUAAUAGAUGACGAAGAUGCUUGAUUUGUUGGAAGAUUUCCUGGAAUAUGAGGGUUAUAAGUAUGAGAGGAUUGAUGGUGGCAUCACUGGAGGAUUGAGGCAGGAAGCCAUCGACAGGUUUAACGGUACUUCAGUUUCGGCUUUUCCGUGUUCAAGAUGCAGGCCUUGCUCCGGCCCGCAGGUGGCUGGUGGAGAGGCAGUGGUGGUGUAGUGGUUAGAGUGUUGGACGAGGACCUGGGAGACCAGGGUUCAAAUCCCCACUCAGCCUAGAACCUACCUCACAGGGUUGUUGUGGUGAUUAAAUGAGGAGGGGGGGGGACCAUGUAAGCCACUUUUCGCUCCAUGGAGGAAAAGAGGGGGGAUAUAAAUGAAAUGAAUGAAUGAAUGAAUGAAUGAAUGAAGGAAUGCUGUGGUGGUGCUGGGGAACCAGCUGGAGCUCAAAGCCACUGAAAGUUUGUAGGAUUUGAUGUCUUUCCAUUGCAAGAUACGUAGGAUGAAGUGGUUUCUUUGUUAUCCAAAUGGCCAAAACGGGUUGGGGACUCAUGUUAUUUAGCUUAAUUCUCAUGGACUAGCACAGUUUUCAUUUCAGCUUUCCAUUGGUUAAAGAGCUACCUCUCCUGCUGCGUUGGUUCCCUGGGGGCUCCCCCUGGCUGGCACAGUUUGAUUUACUUAUAUGCCCCUGGUCCCGCUGCAAUUCCUUCCUUUAGCUGCAGCCGGUUGGGAGCUGAACAGACUAGAUUGUCAGAUCAGAAGGAGGCGAGCUCAGAGCAGGGUCUUGUCUGCAGGCUUCUGGACCACUAGAGCUUUUCCUCGCUCUGUUUAUCUGCUUCUCACAGCAUGCUAGCCCUUCCUUUGUGGCCCACAACUUGAAAAUGAUGGACUUAAGCCAACACAAAAUGAAUUUGCUUCUACUGCUGAUGGAGCAGUUUAGCCAGCUCUGGUAGGGCUCUAUAAAUGCCCCAGAAAAGGGUGCUCAGGUUGUCUGUUUCUCUCCUGCCUGCUUCUGGAUCACCCCUCUUUGUUUGCCACUAACUGAUCUUGUCUUCUCCCCACCCCCCUUGCAGUCAGGGGCACCUGCUGUCCUUACUAACCCCGACACUUCUCUGUCUCCCUAUCCCUCUCGUCUCUCCCCACCCUCACCCCACAACUUUGUCGAUUUUGUCAUCCUCAGCACCCGGAGCUCAGCAAUUCUGUUUCCUGCUCUCCACCAGAGCCGGAGGUUUGGGCAUUAACCUUGCAACAGCCGACACAGUCAUAAUUUACGAUUCUGAUUGGAACCCCCACAAUGACAUUCAGGUUAAUUCCGUUGGUUCUCCCUUGCUGCCUUUGUAACCCCCAGAGUAAAAGGCACCCCGCUCACACCUGCCAUCUCCCAACCUCCCAUCCUCCUCUUAGCAUCCUUUGCCUCAUUCCCCACCCCCUACCAAUCUUGCUGGGGUCCCAAGAAAGCUCCCCCCAUCCCUGGCUCCAAAGCAAGUUGCUGGUGUUUCCUAGAAAUGCAUGCCUGUUUUUCUGACUUCGCUCCUCCUUCUCCUCUUGUAUAAAUCUUUCCUUCUCCCCCUCUCUGCCCACUGCCAUUUUCACAAGGAAAUGUUCUGCUGGCUGGUUUUUGUUUUUUUUGUUUUUUUGCUGUUUUUCCUUUGCUUCAGCAUUUGCUCCAGAUGUUCCUCAUUUUAUUGACGGCUGAAAAAUGAAGUUGCUGAAAUAAUUUAUCCAUUUGGGGUGUUCGCAUGACUAAGGCUGCAUUCACACAGCGGUCUACUCCAUUUCCCCUGUGUUUCCCUAACUGUUAAUUUCCACGUUAUAUUUGAGCUUUCAAGCACAAAGGCCCUCUCCCCUCCUUUGGCUUCCAGAAACCGGUGUUCAGAAGGAUUUCUGCCUCCAACCAUGGAGGUAGAACAUUGCCAUUGUGGCUAGGAGUCAUUAAUUGUCUUCUCCUCCAUGAAAGGCCCUCCAUGUUAUUCUGAAACAUCUCAUUGCUCAUCCAUCCAGGCCUUCAGCAGAGCCCACCGGAUUGGGCAGAAUAAGAAGGUGAUGAUCUACCGCUUUGUGACGAGGGCUUCCGUCGAGGAGCGCAUCACCCAAGUGGCCAAGAGGAAGAUGAUGCUGACACAUUUGGUGGUGCGCCCGGGCCUUGGCUCCAAGUCUGGCUCCAUGACGAAACAAGAGCUGGAUGACAUCCUGAAGUUUGGCACAGAGGAACUGUUCAAGGACGAUGUUGAGGGUGAGAUGGCUGUGCUUGAGGAUCCAUGCAUGAGUGGGGAAGGGUGGCAGCGAUGGGGGAACCAUGGAUGGAAUCUGGAACCUUCUGCAUGCCAAGUAGGUGCUCUGCAACUGAGUCACAGUCCCAUUCCAACAUAAUAAGCUGCCUUAUGCCUAGCCAGACCAUUGGUCCAGCUUGCUUAGUAUUGUCUGCACUGACUUACAGCAGCUGCCUAGUGUUGCAGAUGGGGGUCUUUUGCAGCUCUACAUGAUGUCCAGGACUGAGCCUGGGGCCAUCUGUGAAUUACUCUAUCUCUGUAUUUGAAGGGCCAAGGUUCUAGACACCUCACUUACUUGAAGGAUCAAAUUUAUAUACACAUCAUGCAGUUGAAGAUCCAGGAUCUAGAUACCUCAACAGUCAAUGGGCUCAGGUUCAAAACACCUCAACCAGUUGAUGGACAAUGGUUCUAGACACCACAGUCAGUUGGAUGAUCCAGGGUCUAGCUAGCUCAACCAGUCAAAGGGUUCUGGUUCUAGACACCUCAAACAGUUGAAGAACCAAGGUUCUAGACACCUCAGCCAAUUGAGCUGUACUUGGACUUAGUGGGCCCAAGUUGCAGUGAGAAUAAGUGGAGUGUUUGUUUGCUUGGCACAAACCUGUAACACUCACAUUUUUUCCUCGCUCCCAGGGAUGAUAUCUCAGGCCCAGAAAAUUGGCAUACCUGAGGCCAUGACCCCUUUCAUGGAGGCACCAACCUCCAAAGGUGGGACAGUGACUCCUGGCAUGAAGAAAAAACAUGGCCCUGCUCCACCAGGUACGUGAAGGACAGAAGGCACAAAGGCCACCAAUGCUGACAUUCCUUUUUUGCUCUGCAGUUUGUACGUGAGAAGCUAAGAUGAGUUGUCAAAUGGGGCCCUUCUUGUCCAGCCUCCUCUUCUCACUGUGGCCAACUAGACACCCCAAAGGGAAGCCAACCAGCAGAACUUGAGUGCCUACAGCUUCUGAAAGUGGGGGCAGAGCACAGCCCUUGAGACUAGUAGCUGUGGAUCGCCUUAUCCAACUUGAAUUUAUCUAACAUUCUUUUGAAGCCUCCCAAGUUGGGGGCCACCACUUUUUCUUGUGGGAGUGAGUUCCACAGUUUUAAUUAUGCACCGUGUGAAGAAGCAGUUUCUUCGGUCUGUCCUGAACCUCUCAAAGCUCAGGAUGGCUCCAUUAAGUUCUGAUGUCAAAUGAGGGAUAGAAGAAGUUCCCCCCACCCACUUUCUCCUGCACAUGAUCUUAUGCACCUUUUUGUUCUCACACCUUUCUUUUCUAAACUAAAAAGCCCCAGGCAUCGCAACCUUUUCACACAAUAGAGUUUGCCACAGUCCUCUGAUCAUGGGAACUCCUUCCUGCAGGAAAACUAAUGGCCACCAACCUAGAUGGCUUUAAAAGAGGCUUGGACAAAUUCAUAGAUGGGAAGGUUGUUAAUGGCUACCAGCUUCAACGGCUAAGCUCUGCCUCCAUGGUCGGAAGCAGUAAUGCUUCUGUUUGCCAGUCUCUGGAAGCCGCAGGAGGGGAGAGCACUGUUGCUUGUGGACUUCCUACUGGGGCAUCUGUUUGGCCACUGUGCUGGACCAGAUGCUGGACCAGAUGGGCCAUGGGCCUGAUCCAGUAGGCUCUCCUCACACGCGUAUGUUCUCCCUCCCAGGUGACAAUAAAGACGUUGAGGACAGCAGCGUGAUCCAUUAUGACGACGCAGCCAUCUCAAAGCUCCUGGACCGCAACCAAGAUGCCACUGACGACACGGAGCUGCAGAACAUGAACGAGUAUCUCAGCUCUUUUAAAGUGGCCCAGUAUGUUGUGAGAGAAGAGGAUGGUGUGGUAAUGCGUUCAGAGUCAUGGUUUACCUUCCUUUUCAAUAAGUUUGCUUAUUUCAGGGUGUUGCGUUUUUUAAAAACACACAAAGCAAAGUUGUGCAUGGCACACUAAAAUCUACACGUAGACACCCACCCACCCACCCAACUUUCUAAAAUGGUGCAAAUAAAACAUAUAAACAAAUCUUGCUGAACGCCUAAGGACAGUAAUACCCAUCUGCCAUUGGAAUCUGUUCAUCGGGGCACCAAAGAACACUCCGAGGGCAGAGAUUGGUGGUGGUUUGUGAUUCCGCCAUCUUGAAAAUCUUCAAAGCCCAAGCCAAACCCAUGUUUCUAGCCCUUAAGUGUUUACUCAUUUGUUUAUUUCACUGUGUUCAUGAAUCGCUUCCCAUGAAAUACUGUACCUCUGAGUGAUUUAGCAGUAAAGUCACAUCCAGGCAGCAAAGGUUGCCAUGUAACUGAAGUGCUGGAGCAGCUAGUUCAUUUAUUGUCCACCCUUCGCCGUAAGGUCCUAGUUACAACAUGAAAACACAAUGUGAAAAACAAUUAAGAACAACUUGCCGCCAUGAAAAGAAGGUGGGUCCUAAAAACAAACUCCUCAAGUGUCAAAAGCCAGGGUAAAGAGGUGCAACUUCAGCAUUGGCUGGAAGCUGUGCAAUGAAGGUGCCAGACACACCUCUGUGGGGAGGCAUUUCCACAGCUCAGGGGCCACCAUGGAGGAGGCCCUCUUGUGGUCCACCCCCUUCUGAAGAGGAGCUACCAAGAGGGCCCCCUCUGCUAAUCACAGCACCAGUGAGGGUGUGUAGGGAAGAAGGUGGUCUUUCAGGUAUUUGGGUCUUGAGUUAUGUAGGGCUUUUAACAUCAAUGUGAGCACCUUGAAUUGGGCUGGGAAAUAACCGGCAGCCGGUGUGGCUGUUUUAAAGCAGGUUAUAUGUGAUCUAAAUGGAACCCCGGCCAGUAGUAAUCUGGCUGCUGCAUUUUGGAGCACCUGAAGUUUCCAAGUAGUCUUCAAGGGCAGCCCCACGUAGAGUGCAUUGCAGUAAUCCAGUUUGGAAGCUUCUUUCUUUCUUUCUUUCUUUCUUUCUUUCUUUCUUUCUUUGACUACAGCCCUGCCAUCAUGCCCCAUGCGAGUUUGUCCUUUAGGGAAUGGUUACUGCCAUCUCUCAAAGCUGUGGUUUGAGAGCUGUCCCCUUCUCCCCUCUUCCACUUGUAGGAGGAGGUUGAGCGUGAGAUCAUCAAGCAGGAGGAGAACGUGGAUCCCGACUACUGGGAGAAGCUCCUGAGGCACCACUAUGAACAGCAGCAGGAGGAUCUGGCCCGUAACCUCGGGAAAGGGAAGAGAGUCCGGAAGCAGGUCAACUACAACGACGCCUCGCAGGAGGACCAAGGUGAGGCUGUUGUGGUCUAGGGGUGGCAAACCUGCAGACCUCUGGCUGCUGUUGGACUCCAUUGCCCAUCAGCCCAUGGCCAGUGGCUAGAAAUGGAUGAUGGCAAUUGUAGUCCAGGAACUUCUCUCAAACAUAUGCACUCAUCCUAUCCAGUAACUUGAAAACUAGUUAUUCGCGGACAAUCUUUCCAGGGGUGUCCCCACGUUACACUGUACAUGGGUGCAAGAUACCUGUAAAGGGGUUCAGCUACUCGUGAGAAAGAGCCUACACAUGUUUGAACUCGACAUGUGCAGCUGCCCCCUGAAAGAAGAUGUAUUUUGCUCGUACAGUGACCCUCUGUGCAUUCUCUCCAUGGGGCUGUGAUCCUGACCAGUUUUCUUCUGUGUGGUUUAGCUGUGAUUCCUUCAUGGCAAGGAUUGGACUAGAUGGCUCUUUGGUUUCCUUCCAACUCUACGAUUCUCUGAUUCUAAGUGAGCAUUCAGGGGAAAGGAUGGGAGAAGCUUUCAUCUGUCCUUUGAGAGUUUCCUUGCUGCUCACAUUUUUAAUGUAAGGGUGACCAACCUGGUGCCCUCCAGAUAUUCUGACUACAACAACUCCCCUCAGCCGCAGUUGGCAUGGCCUGUAUCCAGGGAGGAUGCAAGUUUUGAAGUCCAAAGCAUUUGGAGGUCACCGUGUUGACUACCCCAAUUUAAUAAGUUCCAGAUAUUUUUUAAUGCUGCCAAUCAACCCCAAUGUUCUCUGUGCUGCUGGGUACAUUUUGAAAAGGGGGGGGGAGGGGAGGAAUGGCAUAAAAUACAACUUGGAUGUAAAAUCAGAACUAAAUUUAAAAGAAAUCAGAAUCAAAGCCAAGUUGAAAUCAGCAGACAAUGAUGCUUUUGAUUUACCAAGUGGGGUGCCUAACCUGUGAGAUCCCUCCAGCUGAAGCCCAAUGGCAAAUCCCAACACAGUACAAUUGCAUCUUGCACAAGGCUUACAUUCUGGGAUGUCGCGUAUACCCAAACUGGCCCCUUGGAAAAGCCCCUGAGUGACCAUCGACUUACCCAGUGCACCAAAAAAACAUAUUAAAUGUUACACGUACAUAUGGAACGUUUGCAACCAUCAGUCAAGAGAAUUAACUGGCCCCUAUUUAUGGGUGCAUUGAUUUAUUUGCAAAAAUGCUUUAAUGUAAUGUAAAGCUAUUUCUGUGAAAACAAUUUUAAAAAACCCCAACAGUAUUCAACCACUUUUCCUAAAAGCAAGUGUAAAAAUCAAAGAAGAAUAUGCAGCUGCAAGCCAUAAAUAAAGCUGGCGUGUGCAGAGAACAAAAGAAAUCAAGAACAAAAAGUCCAGGAAAGUAGAAAUCCAUGGGUAAACAUGUAUGUUUUUCAUCUGCCUAACAAAUUACUUGGGGGGGGUGGGCAUUCCCGAAGGUGUUUGCUGCCCACUAGAACGGCCCACUGCCACGUUGUCACCAAGUGACAAUCUGCUGAUCAUUGCAGUGAGCAGCAGGGUCUUCUUGAAAGUUCAGCUUGGACUGUGUUUGGGGAGGUGACCUGCUAGGUAUCCCCCCCCCAAAUUGUUUAAGUACCUUUUAAAUGUCAACAACCAAAUCUUGACCUUGGCGGGCUUAACCUUUGCCUCUUGUGUUGUUGUUGUUUAAAUAUCCGUUGUGAGGAGAUGAUUAUUAUGAUGCUUCAAACGUUCACGAAUGUGAGUUUGCGCUUGCGGCCCAAAGUGGCAGAGUCCUUGCAGCCCCUUGAGGACUCUGCCACUUUAGCCUCCUGCUGCGCCCAGCCUCGAGCCUCCUAGCAUCGGACCCCUUGCUUCUCCCUCUUGAGACCCCUCCCUCUCCUCUGCCGGCAGAGUGGCAGGACGAGCUAUCCGACAAUCAGUCUGAGUACUCCAUCGGCUCUGAAGAUGAGGACGAAGACUUUGAGGAGCGGCCCGAAGGUCAGAGUGAGUCAGACCUUUGUUACUUCGACGACACCCUGUCCCUUUCUUUGUCUGUGCUGACAUCAGCCAGGCAUGUUCCAGCAACUGCUCUUGGGCCCUUAGAGGCUGAUCCUGGCAGAAGUGGGAGCAAAGUGGAUGGACAGCAGACAUUUGCUCAGGCAUCCUCGGAAUCCACUGUGGGUGUUGGAGCAAGGCAGAACAGGGUGCAAAGGAAAAGGGGGGUCCUAAUUCCUUUGCACAGUUACCCCUGGUUGACCCUGCAGACCUGGAACUCAUCUUUAAAGUCCAGCCUGCAAUCUUCCUUGUCAUUUCUCUCCCCCUGGCCCCCCCAAUCUUUGCUCAGACCAGUGGCUCCCAAAUUUUUUUUUGUCCUCCUCCCCCUUUGUUGCAUAAACCCAUUCCCAUUGCCCCCUAUAAAAAGCAUGAUUCCGAACAGCAGUUUGCACGACCCAGCAUGGAAGAGAAGAACACGGUAAAAUUCAAAACAGUCACAAUUAAUUGCACGUCUAUUCAAAAUCCAAUUAAAAGUAUUAAUUGGAAAAGAUUUAUGCUUGAUGUUGUCUCUGGUAAUUUCUCUCACUUACAGCAUGGAUGCUGGGUGGAUGUUCUGUAUUAUUUCAUUAAUACUAUUGCUACAAAAUUGCUGAACUUGAUCUAGCGACACCAUUCUGAUAGUCACUUGCACCUCCAGCACCUCCCUGUCACCCCCUUGCCUCUUAGUGCCCCCCCGGAACUCCCCCCCACCUCGCAGGUGGUACCACCCACUUUGGGAACCACUGGUUUAGACCACCCUUCCAUAAGCUGAUGGCCUCCAGAUGUUUUGGACUACAACUUUCAUCAUCCCCAGUCAUCACAGCCAUUUUGGACCACAGCUCCUAUCAGCCUCAGCCAGCAAGGUCAUUUCAGACUACAACUCCCAUCAGUCCCAGAAGGAGCAGCUGUUCUGCCUGGGGCUGAUGGGAUUUGUGGUCCAAAAGAUCUGGAGGCACCAGCUUUGGGGAAAGGCUGACCUGGUCUGACCCCGUGGAAAGGAGGAGAAAGUUCCUUCCAUUUUGGCAGUUCUGUACAAGAAAGGCUUUGCUGACGUUGUCUCUCCUAGAUCAUUACUGUAGGAUCUCUGCCUAUCUUGCACACACUUUCUCUGUUUAAAGUACCUUUCUCUCCCAUCUUCAUAAAGAGAACACCAUCCUAAAAAACAAAGAAAGUGAGCUUCAUUCUUGGCUGAGUGGGAAUUUCAACCCUGGCCUCUCCAAGAUUUUAGUCCUCAUUUAACCCCCACAACAACCCUGUGAGGUAGUUCAACCCAAGAUCACCCAGCGAGCUUCAUCGUGGCCAAAUGCUCUCCCAGGUCCAGUCUAACACCCUACCCAAUAAAACAUCAUCAUAGCCUCUCAGCCCUCCUGGCUCACAGCUGAAGACGCUCUGAGAGUCAGCGAACAAAGCCUAACCUGGAAGCCCUGCCCUAUAUUCUGGGCUGAGUCCUUGCAGCGAUGCUUUCGGAAUGCAGGGAUGCUCUGCUGUGGUGUGUGCAGCAUUCAAGUCUUCAUUUUUGGUCCUCGGUGGAUCCCAGUUCACAUCGCUUAGCUUAGCGUAGAACCAUGCAUUAUUAUAUUUUUAAGUGCCCUAGAAUGUCUAGAGCACCGCCUCCCUCCACAGGGCAUUUUCGAGGCUGCAGCUUUCUCCUAGGAUCUCAGCUUAUUGACACGGGAUCUCUCUGACGCUCUCUAGGUGGCCGGCGGCAGUCCCGAAGGCAGCUGAAGAGUGACAGGGACAAGCCCCUCCCACCGUUAUUGGCGAGAGUCGGUGGGAACAUUGAGGUACGUCUUGGACAAUGCUGUUCAUGGCGAUGGCCCGGUGGACAGAGCUGUUGGCUAGUGGAGCGGACUCUCUAGAGAGGUGAUGGACCCUCUUUCAUUGGAGAUUUCCAGACUUUAGAUGUCCAUCUGCCAGGGAUUCUGUAGCUGUGAUUUCUGCAUUUCGGGUGUGUGUGUGCUAGAUGACCCCUGGGGUUCCUUUUCCAGCCCUACAAUCCCAUGCUGCUUUGCCUCUUUGUCCUAGGCAUCUGAGAAUGCCAUCUUUCCCCAUAUCCUCCUUCCUCUCCACCCUUCCCUGCCUCUCUUUGCAGGUUUUGGGUUUCAACGCCCGCCAGCGGAAAGCAUUCUUGAACGCCAUCAUGCGCUGGGGGAUGCCCCCUCAGGACGCCUUCAACUCCCACUGGCUGGUGCGGGACCUCCGGGGGAAAAGCGAGAAGGAGUUCAGGUACUGGGUGUCAGGGAAUGGUCUGAAGGCAAGGACUAGGGAGUGCAUUCUACAGCAGACCAGCUUCCCUCUGAUGGAGAGCUGGCAGGGGAAGAAUCGCAGAGAAGAGAGAGAGGCAGAAGCUGAACAGCUUAGUGGGGAGUUACCCAGUUAUGAGAUAAUGACGACAGAACCAGAAGGGAGGGGGCAGCUAGUUGACACGUCACUUGAGAGCGUGGAGGAUUCCCCCUCCCCUCGGACUCAGAGGUCUGAGGGGGAAAAUGCUGCGGAAACCGGAAAGCUGAUUAGACUAGGCAACUGCCCUCCUUGCGGAGAGCUGUGUAUUUGUGCUUGCAACAUGAUGCUGUAAUAAAAGGACUAUAAAUCUAUCAACUGCUUGUUAAUUCUUAUCUGUGAAGUUGCAAAGGGAGGGGAGGACUCUCCACGCCUGGCACUGGGGGUGCCCCACGACCCUUCUCUCUUCCUGCCCUUGAGACCUGUUUUGGAGUAGUCACUGGGAGCCAUGGCAGAGAAUGGAUGGACUUCUGUGGAGUGGAUUUCCCAUGCACUUUGCUUGAUUCCAGCCUUUUCUAGACCAAAGCAGACUUGUGGGAUCUCCUUUGUGCUUUUGCUAGGAUUCCAGGAUCCACCACCUGGAACUCUGGGUAGAAGACACGGGGUGUUGGUUUGAUUACUGGAUCUAAGCUGAGUCUUUCCACACAGAGAUCUAUCCCUGCGUAGCUCAAGCUGUCUAAUUUAUGGAUUGGGGCAGUUGCAUCUAUUUUGACUUAAGACAAUGGAAGCCAUUUGCCCUGGCGUCUCCCUCCCUCCUGUUUGUUUCCUCCCCAGGGCCUACGUCUCCCUGUUCAUGAGGCACUUGUGCGAACCUGGGGCAGAUGGGGCGGAGACCUUCGCUGACGGCGUCCCCCGUGAAGGGUUGUCCCGGCAGCAUGUGCUGACCCGAAUUGGCGUGAUGUCGCUAGUAAGGAAGAAGGUGGGUCAACUCUUACCUUGAAUUAUUUCCUGCUAGGCUUGCUCCCGAGAACUCAGUGAGCUGAUGGAAAAGUCAUUGUAAGACUGUUUAUAUGGCUUUAGUUGGGUCCAAGGUGACUUCUACAUGUUACCCAAUGUUGCUUUCAUAGCUGAUGGGAAUUGUGGCCCCAAAUGUCUGUAGGGCACCAGGUUGCAAAAAGUGAGAUUAAGUUAACUGAUGUAGCACUGCAGGAAUGGUUUUCACCUUCUGUUUAAUCAGCAAGGUGUUUUGCUCUUUCCUGUUUUAGGGGUUGUUGUUUUUUUGGGGGAGUUAGUGUGAAAUGACCUUCAUUUUUGUGUUUGAGUUCUGAGUCAUCAUUGCUCUGAUGAUGACAUCAUUAACCUGAAUAUAAUUGCCUGGAUAAUGGCAUCAUUAACCUGAAUAUCACUGCCUGUAUGAUGACAUCAUCAACCUAAAUUAGGGCUGCCAUACGUCCAGGAUAUGUCAACAACUUUGCCCCACCCCCCAAAAAAGAAAGAAAGUUCAACAACCUCACUGUCCAGAUUUUCACAUUUUGAAAUAUGGCAACCUUAACCUAAAUAUCAUUGUCUGGGUGAUGAUGUCAUUAACCUGAAUAUCAUUUCAUUUUAUUCACAACCUUUUGUUUCUGAAGCUGCUUCUUAUACCCUGUAAGAAACGGUGUUCUUUAAACUUUAAGAAAUAAAUGGAUUCUCUCUCUGUGGGGGGGUCUAACCCUAUGUUCCUUGCACCUUCUCUCCCCCUACCCUGCCCAUUCCUUGAUCCAGGUUCAAGAGUUCGAACCUGUCAAUGGGAAAUACAGCACUCCUGACCUCAUCCCGGAAGGCCUGGAGAGCAAAAAGGGAGGGGAGGUUCUCUCUUCGGACCCAAACACGCCUGUCCCAGCCAGCCCAGCUCAUGGGCAGGUGGGGCCCACGUUGCAACCAGGUAUGGCUGAAACAUCCCCACCUGGAACCCUGGAAAGCCACUGCCAACCCAUGUGUAGAAAAGACUGGGCUAGACUCAACAUCAGGCAGCUGCUGGAUUGAUAUACAGUGGUACCUCGGGUUACAUACGCUUCAGGUUACAGACUCCGCUAAUCCAGAAAUAGUACCUUGGGGUAAGAAUUUUGCUGCAGGAUGAGAACAGAAAUCGUGCUCCGGCGGUGCGGCAGCAGCAGGAGGCCCCAUUAGCUAAAGUGGUGCUUCAGGUUAAGAACAGUUUCAGGUUAAGAACGGAUCUCCGGAACGAAUUAAGUACUUAACCCGAGGUACCACUGUAAUGCAAAUCGGGGGGUGGGGAAACUUUGAUCCUCCAGAUGCUACUGAACUACAAUUAGGGUUGUAAAAACCAGUACAACCCGAAAGUUGUUGAACUUUUCUUUCAGGUUUUUUUUUAAGACAAACCCCAAAGUUGUUGAGUGAUUUUUCAAUUGACUUGCCUAAGAUCCAGGAUGUCAAUUUCACCUUUGGAAUCCCAGUAAUGUCCGGGAAAAUCCAGGCAUAUAGCAGCCCUGCUACAAUGCCUAUCACCCUUGGCCAUUGGCCAUGCUCGCAGGGGCUGAUGGGAGAUGAAGUCUAGCACAACCUGGAGGGCCACUCCUGAUACAACGAUGGCUAAUGGCUGUAGAAACAGAACCACCAGCCUUAAUAAUUUCCAUGCAAGAGCCUAGAAAGCGAUUUUUUGUGUGCAGGAUUUUGCCAAGCUGCCUGUAUUUCAUUUCAUCUUGUUUCAGACAAAGUGGAUCCACAGCCAGGGAUCCCCCAGGAAAAAGAUCCUUUGGAGCAGAGGGCAAAAAAGCCACGGGAGAGCCAGGUAAGGGCAUAUCCCUUGAGCUAGGAGGGGCAUCCUUGGGGCACAGAUGGGGGACUUGGUGUUGCAAGUGGGACAUUGAGAUGUUGCAGAUGGGUUGUUGGCAGCAGGUUAGUUAAAAUAAUAAUAAUAUUGAAUUUCACCCAGAAAGGGAUAACCCAGAGUAAACUGGGAAAAUAUAUGGGUUGGCAUCAAGAAAAUACUACUAAUAAUAACAAAGAAGAAAACAGAAGGGUAGAAAGAGCAGUGGGGCUGAUCCACUAGGGCGAAUAGGGCACUGACCCACAGACCGCAGUCUACCUUUCAACAGCCCCCAUCAGGAUUAGACAAAUUCAUAUUGGAAAGAGCCUGAGGUGAUGGAAACUCUGCUUUAUGUUAAGGUGCCGGUGAACAGAGAGAAAACGGAGAAGGACGAGAAGGAGGAAAUUGUGGUGGGACAAGCAAAACCGGGCGAAGAGAGCAUUGAAGAGGGCGAGAGGGCAGAGCCUGUCCCCGAGCAGCCAGCAAAAGGUGUGGGGCUGAUGAGAUGCCGUGGGGAGGUGACAGUGCAAGAGCAAUGGGUUUUGGGGGUUGACCGGUGCCUCAGAAUGACCCAUCAAACCGGACCCUGCUCUAGUUCACUUGAUGUUAUUUUGUACCUGGAAUAGUGAGCCAGUGUGAGGAACAUUCAAAGCAAAUAUUUAUUGUCAAUGACCAGCACUAAGAAAGAAAGCACGUAGAAUUAUCUAAAUGUGAAUAAUAGGGUGCAAUAAAAAGUAGUGUAAAUAAAGCUGCCUCGCAUCAUAGUGUGCACAUCCAUAGGAUGAGGGGCUAUAUUAUAUGACCACACAGCACAUAGCUAAUCUAUGGAACUCACUUCCACUGGAGGCAGUGAUGGCCAACAACUUGCAUGGUUUUAAAAGCGGAAGAUGAGGCUAUUAUUAUAUUUGGGACGAGACAGUAAGGCCCCAAAGAGGGCCAUAUUAUCCCCACUGCCCCAGGUGCCCAUUCCUGAUGCAAAGCUGCAUUCAUCUCCUUGUUGGCUGAUGCGAGGCUUUGCUUCCUUCCCCUCCUCCCUGCCUACCCCCCACCCUGCCCAGCUCCUGCAGAUGAGGCCUCCCAGGAGAAUGAAAAGCCAGCCGCAAAGUCGGAAUCAAACGCCAGCCCUUGUAAAGGAAGCAGUAAAGAACCCAAGUCAGGUAAGAAGCCCCCUCUUCAGCUUUUACCCAGCUCAGCAUGCACAGUCAUAAGCAAAUGUAACUUUUCCUUUGUUUCUCAUAUCAAGGGUCAAAAGGGCUGUGUCCUGUGGCUGUCCCUUUGGCCGCUACUGCAGAUCCUGCUUGGGCUCCUCCCCACCAGCUUCUUGAGGGCCAGGAACUUGCUCAAUUUCCUCCAAAAUCAACAACAACAACAUAUUAUUUAUACCCCAUGCAUCUGCCUCGGCUUCCCCAGCCACUCUGGGUGGCUUCCAACAAAAUAUUAAAAUACAGUAAUGCAUCAAACAUUAAAAGCUUCCCUAAACAGGGCUGCCUUCAGAUGCUUUCUAAAAGUCUGGUAGCUGUUGUUCUCUUUGACAUCUGGUGGGAGGGCAUUCCACAGGGCGGGUGCCACUACCGAGAAGGCCCUCUGCCUGGUUCCCUGUAAUUUGGCUUCUAGCAGCGAGGGAACCGCCAGAAUGCCCUCAGCGCUGGACCUCAGUGUCCGGGUAGAAUGAUGGGCGUUGAGACGCUCCUUCAGAUAUACUGGACCAAGAAAUCCUUGAUUUUUCAGGAUCGAUUUGCUUUCUGUCCUGCGCAAGUGUUCUGAAAGGUUUCUUAAAUACCCCACUGUUACAACUGCAAUGUGGGCAGACAGAGGUCCCUGCUGCACUUGGGGCCCCUAGAUGAGGUUUGCCAGGAUAAAAGUCAGGGCAUCUUCUUCCAGCUGGGCAUGGCUUGAAUGCCAAGCUCACUCUGGAGCAUAGAAGGCACCUUUUAGGGGCCGUGAGGGCUUCAGUCCCCACUAUAAAAUAUUUGAGGGAGAUGGGCGAAUGGUGUGUGUGUGCACUGUGUCAUGUGAUCGAUUAUGUGAGGUGGGACUCACCUGGGCCCCUACAAUGUUUUAUUCAACUUGGCACCCCUGCUCUGGAGAACCUGCUCCAUCACACACUUGAAGGCUGCCAGCUUGGAUGGCUUUUGAAGAGGGUUGGUCAAAUUCAUCGGGGAGAAGAAGGCAAUCAAUGGGAACCAGCCAUCAUGGCUAUGCUGUGCCUCCAGUGUCAGAGGAUGUUUCUGAAUCUCAGUUGCUGGAAACCACAGUGUGGGGAAGGAGGGGGCUCUUGUGCUCAGCUGCUGCUUGUGGUUUCCAUUCAUGGGCAUCUGGUUGGCUACUGUUCUCCGCCCCCAGCAAUUAAUGAGUCACUUUUGAUUAGCAAUGAGGGAUUACCCUGCAGAGAGCCAGUGCUAGGACAGGCAGACUUGAUGGAUUCCAUCCACUUUACUCGGGAUAUUAUUAAUUUAGCAGCAACUAGCCAUCGUUAUAUAGAACCCCUGCAUGACUCUGGUCUCCCUAAAGAUUUCAUUUGGUCUGCAUUGUUAAGCAAUCCCCCUCCAAUUCACCCUCUUUUUAUGCUUUUCUUUAUUGAAAAAUAAAACAUACAUAACGACAAGUGUGCAGAGUAAGACAGAGGAAGAGGAGGAGGAAGAAGAAGAAGAGUACCCAUGUAGAAAACAAAACAGAACAAAAAAAAGUUAUUGUAAUUAACCGGACCUUAACCUAAUACAGCAUUUAUAAAAAUGAAUUCCCCCUGGUUGUCACUGUGAGAAUGGGGUGCUGGACAGGAUGGGCCAUUGGCAUGACCUAUCAGGUCCUUAGUAUGUUCUUAUGUUUGUGUUCUUGUGAUGGGGUUCUCCUGUGUUUUGCUAAGCAGAUGAUGCCAAGGCAGAAGAAAAGGAGCUGUCAGAGGCUCAGCAGAAUGGAGAAAAGGAGGAGGAGGAGGAUGGGAAGAAGGAUGACAAGAGUGGGAUCCGAUUCAUGUUCAACAUCGCUGAUGGGGGCUUCACAGGUACACGCGAGCAGGCCCCAACCUCCUGGAAAGCCAGCCUCCCCCUGUGAGAUCCUGGUGGCUCAAGCUCCGUUCCUUCAUUGGUUAAGACUGGAGGCAUGCUUCAUUGUUACCAUCUCAGCCCCAUAUUUUUGGUUGGAGGUUGGGAAGCUCAGAGCAGUGACUUAUACAGAGACACAGCGAGCAGCGCUCUCCUCAGAAGGAGAGGGCAAUUCUGAUCCAGUCGCAUAUGAUGCAUUACCUUCCCCAAGCAGAGGCUGAGAGGAAGGAUGCAAAGCUAGGGCAGCAAGCUGGGCAGAGACACAGCAGGCAACCUCCUCUGAGGGCAGAUAAUUCUGCCGUGCCCUGCACAGGGAGUGACUGAUGCAGAGACAUGGCAGAAUUGCUUGCCCUCUAACUGGGAGGAGGAGGGAAGGACAGAGCAGUGCGUUAUGCAGAGAUGCGACAGGCAACAUCCUCUAAGUGUACAUAAUUCUGCUAUGCAUUGGGAAUUGUGCAUUUCAAACUACUGAUUUUUACUGUUUGGGAUUUGUUGUCUUAGACUGUACACCCUGUGGGGUAGAUUUUCUUAUUUCAAUUGCGUACAGAGCUGUGUACAUUGAUGGCGCUAUAUAAAUAACUGUUCAGUAUUAAUAUCAAUAAUAUUGGUAAUAAAAAUAGUAAUAAUAAUGCUGAUGAUGAAUUCACACAGAGCCAUAACACAGGAUCAGAGGUAAGGCAGAGCCCUGGCAACCCGCAUAGAAAUGUAGGGAAGGGACCCUUAAGGCCCAUCUAGCCCAACCCCCAUGCAAUGCGGGAACCGCAAGAAUUUCUUGGCUUGGUUGCCUGGACUCCUGGGCAGCCUGCUGUCACUGGGCUCCCUGUGGAGUUAAUAACAGCGGCCUCCCUUCGAGAGUUUGUGCAAGGCUUCCUACCCACAAGGGCUGUGGAAAUGUCAAGCAUUAUUAAGCCUCCUCUUGACAUUCCAGUCCGCAGCUGGUGUGGCGCCUGAAACGCAGCAUCUCUCCGCUCUCGCUUUACAGAACUGCACACGCUGUGGCAGAACGAGGAGAGGGCGGCUGUCUCCUCGGGGAAGAUUUAUGACAUCUGGCACCGGAGGCACGAUUACUGGCUCCUGGCAGGAAUCGUCACGUAUCCUUGGCGUGGUUAUGGGAAGUCGGGGGUGGAUGCGGCAGUGGUUUCCUUCAGCUGCCUCCUGCCGAGUCAGACCAUUGCUCCAUCUUUCUCAGUAUUGCCUACACUGACUGGCAGCAACAGCUCUCCAGGGUUUUAUCAGCAAUGUCUAGGCAACACGAUGACCAUGUACAUACCCAAUAGACAAUCUUUAUAGAAUUUCUUCAAACCAUAACAAGUACUUUAGAUUCAAAGUCUCUGAAAAUCUUUAUAUGAAGCGAGGAACCGGACUUCGUAAGAUGAAAGACAAGCUGUGAAGCUUUUUAUUUUCAGUUUAUGAAGCAAUUCUAUAUCCUCCCACCAAGCUGACGAAGAAUUCUAUGAAACAGUAGUCAAUAUCCAGAAUCACUGUUCAGUGCUGGACAUCAUAUUUGCCAAAUACACAAAGCUUCACAGUUUGUCUUUCAUCGUAUGAAGUCUGGUACCUCACUUCAUUUAAAGAUUUUCAGAGACUUUGAACCUAAAGAUUUCAUUUUGUACUUGUUAUGGUUUGAAGGAAUUCUAUAAAGAUUGUCUAUUGCGUAUGUACAUGGUCAUCGUGUUGCCUAGACAUUGCCGACGUUCUCUUUGCAACACAGGGGUUUGUUUGGUUACUUAUUGCUCUCCAGGGUUUCAGGCAGAGGUCACUCCUAGCCCUACCUGGAGGCGCUGUCGGGAAUCGAACCUGGAACCUUCUGUAUGUGACGCAGAUGCUCUAUCCCACUGAGCUACGGCCCUUCCCUGUUCCUGGCCCAUGUCCAUUUUGCACAUAUAAGUUGGUCCCACCCUGUUUCUGCAUUAAUGUGGGCUUAUUAUUAUGUUUUGUUUUAAAAAUGCACACAGAUUCAUACUCAGAUCUCUAUUUUAUCUUGUGUGCACAUUUCCAAAGGUACUUAAUCCUGAAAUGUGCAUUUUGGUAUGUUUCUUGAGCUGAGGGCUCAAAACAGAGAGAAGUGUGAAAUCCAAAGGGCAGUUCACACGCUUAUUCGGCCAAGCUGCAUACACAGAGAUAUAAUAACCUAGGCAGCUGCCCAAUCUGAGUCAGACCAUUGGUCCAUCUGGCUCAAUGUUGUCUACUCUGACAGGAAGGGUCCUACGCAGCCCUACCAGGAGAUGGCACUGGGGACUGAGCCAGAUGGGCAGCAUACAAAUCCUUAUUAUUACUGGAUUUUGUGAUGAAAACAAAUGCAUACCAAAAAAGCAUAUAACAGGGGCAAGUUCAUGCAGAACCACAGUUUUUUCCUCAGCAGAUCUGGCCCUGUUAUAGCUGCCACAUAAUACCCAUUCCAUAUUUGUAAGAAAUCAAUCCUUUAGUGCAGUGGCACCUACACUUUGGAACCCCCUGCCUAUUGAGAUCAGGCGGACACCUUCACUCUAUUCUUUUCGGUGCCUGCUAAAAUCAUUUUUGUUUUAGGCAAGUCUGCCUUGAGGUUUAGAAAGGUGAUGCAAGUUUUAAUCUGUUUUCAUUAGUCUAUUGUUAUUGUAACUUUUUUUAAAAAAUGAAAUUAUUGUUGUUAAAAAAUUUUAGUGGUCAUUUUAUUGCUUUAUCUUUUUGGUAAACUGCCCUGACGUGGUUUUUUUUUUACAAUCAAUUUAUUUGAAAUAAAUGAAAUAUCAGUGAACAUGCAAAAACGCAUUCCGUUAGGAGGAAUGUUCAUGAAGAUUCUCUGGGAUAAUCUUCUGUGACAAUUGCCCAAGCUGAAGUGGAAAUGGGGCAAACCAAAUUUAAGACUGGGAAAAGACGUCUUUCUUUUCGUUGGCUGUUCCCAGACUCUGAAACUGUCUUCCUAAAGAAGCCAGACUGGCUCCCACCUUGCUGUCCUUCUGUUAACAGGUGAAGACUUUCUUUUUCCAACAGGCUUUUGGGAACUGACUACUUUUAAGGAAAGGGAUGAUACUGUGAUGUUUUUAUUGUUAUUAUCUGUAGCUGUAUUAAUGUUUGAUUGUUUCUUUAAAUUACCCCUCCCUGUUUCUAUGUUAUCUGUAAUCCACCUUGAGUCUCUGUCAGGGAAAAAGGCAGGAAUGAAUGAAUGAGUGAGUGAAUGAAUGGAGAUGUUUCAGAUGCCAGAUGGUUCUGUUGUUCCCUUAAUGCUUCUCCCCUGCUGCCUAAGUCACGGCUACGCGCGCUGGCAAGACAUCCAGAACGACCCGCAUUAUGUAAUCCUGAACGAGCCCUUCAAGUCGGAGAUCCACAAGGGUAACUACUUGGAGAUGAAGAACAAGUUCCUGGCACGGCGGUUCAAGGUGGGUUUCCAGAAAUACCCGUUUGAGAGCGACCACGUUUGCAGAGGAUAAAACCUAUCACCAGGUCUCAGCCGCAGUAUCAAAGACGAGCUUCCACGGACAGAGGCAGUGUACCUUUCAGGGUGGACUGAUGUAAACUAGGAGCGGGGAGCAUUUGUAGCCCUGCAAAUGUUGCUGGACUCCCAACUCCCAUCAGCCCUGGCCAGAAUGAUUCAAUUGAGGAUGUAACACAGCCUGAAGGGUCCCCAGAUGUCCUCGCUCCUGGUGCAAACAGACACAAUUUAAAUGGAUGUUUUAAAUCUCUGCAGGCUGUCUUGAUGUGCCCCCCCAUCCGCAUCCCCCUGUGUAAUGGGAUAUUGAAAGGAUAAGGCUAUCAAUGGCGACUAGGCAUGAUGGCUAUGCUCUGCCUCCACAGUAGCAGCAAUGCUUCUCAAUGCCAGUUGCAGGAUGCAAGAGCACUCUUUGGGCUCCUGCUUGUGGGUUUUCCAUUAGGGAACCUGCUUGGUCACUGUGAGAACAGGAUGUUGGACUAGAUGGGCCACUGGCCUGAUCCAGCGGGCUGUGCUUAUGUUCUCCUGGUCCAAGUUUCACCCAUUCUGCUGCUCCUUGGCUGCUGCUAUCUGUGUCAGAGGCCAUCUAUGCAUCUUGGAGGAUUCUGCAAGGUUAACGGCACUGCUCCUCGUAUCCUCUUUGCAGUUGCUGGAGCAGGCGCUGGUGAUUGAGGAGCAGCUCCGCCGGGCAGCAUACCUCAACAUGACCCAGGACCCCAAUCACCCGGCCAUGGCCUUGAACGCCCGCUUGGCUGAAGUGGAGUGCCUUGCUGAGAGCCACCAGCACCUCUCCAAAGAGUCCCUGGCGGGGAACAAGCCCGCAAACGCCGUCCUUCAUAAAGGUGGGUGUUUCCCGAAAAGGGACCGCUUUCCCUGCUCCCUUGACUCCCUCCACCUCGUCUGCUUCUCCCAUGCCAGUUGGGAGAGUGGUGGCUGUAGGAAUAACGAGGACAACAGGAGGUUGAAGGCAGGUGAGUUAUGCAGAAGCACACUGGUAAGCAUGCUCCAAGCAGGCUGCCAGCUAGUUCUCUAGUAAAAAGGUAAAGGGACCCCUGACCAUUAGGUCAAGUCGUGGCCGACUCUGGGGUUGCGGCGCUCAUCUCGCUUUAUUGGCCGAGGGAGCCGGCGUACAGCUUCCGGGUCAUGUGGCCAGCAUGACUAAGCCGCUUCUGGCGGACCAGAGCAGCACACGGAAAUGCUGUUUACCUUCCCGCCGGAGUGGUACCUAUUUAUGUACUUGCACUCUGAUGUGCUUUCGAACUGCUAGGUUGGCAGGAGCAGGGACCGAGCAACGGGAGCUCACCCCGUCAUGGGGAUUCGAACCGCUGACCUUCUGAUCAGCAAGCCCUAGGCUCUGUGGUUUAACCCACAGUGCCACCCACGUCCCGUAGAGUUCCGUAGUCCCGUAGUUCUGUAGAGGCUCCUUUUAUUAGCAGAAGUCAACAAUUGGAAACAGUAGUGAAACCACUCUGAACAUGAUGUAUUUCCAUCUAAGCACAUUUCCAGCAUUAGCAAAUACACGUGUUAGCAAUGUUUUCCUUGAUACUUGAUUACAUCUGCAUCCCCGGUCAUGCUGCAGCCAAGCAUUAUGUCUAGUAACCAAAUCUGUGAGAGGACAGAUGGACAGGGGAAAACCCUGUUUGCUAGCCAAGAAGGCAAAAGGUCAGGGAGCGUGGGCGCAAUGCUCCUUGGCACACUGUUGCAUGCAUGGUGCGAGGUUUGCCUCAGCACAGGUGGAGUGUCACCUCCACAGUGGCUAAGAGAGGAAAGAGCUUUUUCAGGUUCUAAGGGAACCUGAACUCACACUAUCAGCUGUGCUGUGGGAGCACUGGCCAAAUGAACUACUCGGAUCAACCACAACAGCAGCAGCAACAACAACAACAACAACAACUGGAAUUUAAAUGUCUGCAAUCAGUAAAUAUAACUCUGUGCGUGUUGUGGGUGUGGGAAGGAGGGGAGAGUUUGCACUGUAAGAACACCCCCAAAAGGUGUAUGACUCAUCUCUCUCUGCAGAGAGGGCGGCCAAGAAGGAAACCAGGCCUCAUGGGGAUUGGAAGUUGGGGAUGUUUAGACCAGAAAAGGGGAUAUGAAUCCAUCUUCAAAUAUUGGAAGGGCUGUCCCACGGAAGAUGGAGCAAGCUUGUUUCCUCCUGCCCCAGAGCGCAGGACCCAAACCAAUGGACUCAAAUUGUAAGAAAGGAGAUUCCGAUUAGACAUUAGGAAGAACUUUCUGACGGCAAAAGCUGCUCAACAGUGGAAUGCAGCUCCUCAGAAGGUGGUGGACUCCCCUUCAUUGGAGGUUUUUCAACAGAGGUUGGAUGGCCGUCUUUCAGGGAUUCUUGAGCUAUGAUUCCUGCAUAGAUCGGGGGGGGGGGGGUACCUUCCAACUUUACAAUUCUGUGCCAUGGACUUUCAUAGCUUUUUGGGCAUCCCAUUGGUUACAAUUCUCUCUCAGAAUCUGAUCCCAUAAUCGGCCCACCAGGCUCACUUUUCUGUAUAGGAAAACAAUAAACGAUUUAAUUUAUUUUAAUUUUUAUAAAUGCUGUUGCAUUAAAGAAACACUAACAAUUUUAUCAUGGGAUAGGUUUUCAUGGGCUGCGCUGUGCCUUGCCAGAUGCACCCACAGGUAAUGGAUUUCCUAUGAUGGCACGUACUGAAAUAAAAUAUAAGAAAUGGCAGCCUAAGUUACACAGAAGGAAAAAUCUGUGGUAUUGCCAGAUGGGUUGGGUACAGGUGUCUGGGGCUCACAGGUGCCCAACUGUCUUGCAGUCCUAAACCAGCUGGAAGAGCUGCUGAGCGACAUGAAAGCCGAUGUGACUCGGUUGCCCUCCAUGCUUUCCCGCAUCCCACCUGUGGCCGCUCGCCUCCAGAUGUCUGAGAGAAGCAUCCUGAGCCGGCUGACAAACCGGGGGAGCGACCCCAGCAUCCAGCAGGUUAGAGGCAGCGUUCAAAGGCAUUGGUGCAUCAGCACACCCAGAAUGCACUCCUGUUUUCUCUAGAAAGCCUUUCCCCACUAAUGGGGGGGGGGGCUUGGGUUUUUUGUGUGUGGCCAGAUGUUCUGUGUGCAGCGGUAAAGAAAGGAGACAAACCAUUUAUCCAUUUGGGAUGCAAUUGCAUUCCAGAUGUCAAAGAGAACAACAACUACCAGACUUUUAGAAGACAUCUGAAGGCAGCCCUGUUUAGGGAAGCUUUUAAUGUUUGUUGCAUUAUUGUAUUUUAAUAUUUUGUUGGAAUUUUGGAAUAUUUAGAGUGGCUGGGGAAGCCCAGCCAGAUGGGCAGGGUAUAAAUAAUAAAUUAUUAUUAUUAUUAUAUUAUUAUUCCAAACCAUAUAUCUGUUAGGGAUGCAAUUGCAAUUCAGCUGACCCUGUAGCAGUUCAAGCCUAUUUCUCAUCUUCCCUUACUUGCAACCCCACCCCAUUUGAAAUUGAGAUUAUAAAUUCCAUGGGGCAGAGGGUUGUUCUUUUGCUAAAGUUAUUUUGUACACAGCAUCAAUCGCCAGCAGUUAAAAAAAUAAUCAUUGUAAUAUUGAUGGUUUGUUUGUUUCUAAAUGUUAUCCACCCAGAGCCUUUGGGGAUGGGUUUGGUUUGUGUUUUCAAAUAAAGCUCUUCCCCAACUCCACCCUCUCCAGGCCUCUUUUGGCUCCUCCCAGAUCUACAGCAACAACUUUGGCCCAAACUUCCGUGGUCCAGGACCAGGUGGAAUUGUCAACUACAGUCAGAUGCCCUUGGGACCUUACGUGACGGGUGAGUUGAGGUUCCUUUCAGCUGCCCCCCUCUUCUCUCUCUCUCUCUCUCUCUCUCUCUCUCUCUCUCUCUCUCUCUUCUCUUAAGAGUACAAAUUUUAAAGUGGGGGCCAUGAGUCAAAAAACAAAAGGGCAUUGGGCAAGCCAGCUGUUUUCUCUCUUAUCAAUAGAUAUUUAG